CACACACAGAUACCUAUAGAGCAAGGAGACCUACAAAUGUGACCAGGGGCACUGGACACCCAAUAUUUCAUUGUGCUACCAUGACUGAGGAAGGGAAGGACCAGUUUGGUAGUCUGACACUAUUUAACAAAGAUGAUUUUGACAAUGAAUGGACCCCGGUGGCUUUAGGUGGAUUUGGUCAAGUAUAUAAAGUGAGGCACAAGAAAUGGUGGACGGUAUAUGCUGUGAAAUGCUCUACGCCCAUUCUGGGAGAUCCUGGACUUGCAAGGUAUAUUUUAUUUGGCAAAAUAACUAAUAUUUGUGUGUAAGGUAUAGGGUCCUUUUUUUAAAUUUCUACGUGAUUUAGUGCUGUAUUAGGACAGCCUAUAAAAAUCAUACUUCAAAGCUACAUAUCAACAUGGAGAGGCUAAAGCUGUCAUUUUAAUACUAGUUUAUUUAGGAGAUCCUAAAUAAAAUCAUUACCUGGCAAUGCUAAUGUGUCUUUUCAAUAGUGCUUAAGCAGAUUUAUGUUAGCAUAUAUUGUUUACUCCAUUAUGCAACUCUGUAUGCCGAGCUCUAAAUGAACACUCUAAAUACCAUAAACAUUACAGCCUGUCAAACUAUUCACAAACGCUUGAUUACUUACCUUAGAAAGGUUGCCAAGGCAUUCUUGGCACCAGAACUAGUACCACUGGCUGUAGUUGUUAUGGUGCUUGGAGUGUUCAUUUGAAUGUGUAACCACAGAGAAAACUCUAACAAAUUACUUUAGCCCAAGUCCUAUGGUAAUUGUAAUAAUAAUAAUAAUAAUAAUAAUAAUAACAAACAUUUGCAGUAAUUUCCUUUUAUUAAAUCACUGCCAUUAACAUAUUUAUUUACUGAUUAUAUAGGUUAUUUACCAUCAAUGAAUUGUCAGAAAAUCAAAUUAAAUUUACAGUGAAAAAUCUAAUAUUAGGCUACAAUAGCUAAAUCAGACAUUGACACUUUGUUGUAUAACCCAGUAUGUUGGGGUUAGCUGACAUUACCUUAAUAAAUUGACACAUUAGGCAAAAGGGUUCUGGAAAUCCUUCAAACUUGACUAUUUAUGAACUAUGCAGUUUUGUACAAUAUUCCAUAACUAACCAUAAACCAUAUAAUUUAUAACUGUUAAACUAUUGUACAAUGCUAUUUUAAUAGACAGAUUAUGAUUCAGAAUCCUGUAGGUCAGGUAUGAUGAUAUCAUCCAUGCAUUAUUCCCCUUAAUGAAUAGAUAUAUGAAUGGAUCAUGCAGUCUGGAGCCCCUUAUCUCAGGAAGACUGGGACACAACCCUGCCAACAGAGAUUAGUGGGAGUUUCACUUCAGAGUGGUAUGUACUGUCUUUUAUUAUGACUGCAGCUGAUAAAGGUGCCGUCCUGGCCUGAAAUUCCCACUAAUCUCAGGCUGCAGUGGGUCAUUUCUAUAGUAGUUCCUUACACUAAAGCCCCCUUUAACCCUUACAUUAUCUAACACACUGCACUACUAAACUACACCAACAUUAACCACUGCAAAUUAACUCCUUUCUUACAGUAACACUAGUCUAAACUUUUCUGUGCCUUAACACUGACAUUAACUCUAACCCAAUAAUAUCUUGUAAUACAACAAUUAUAUAACGACAGAGCAUGUAUUAAGAGAAAACAAUGUCAACUCAGUGCUCUGAAGUUAUUUAUAAAACACUUUUGGCUAAAAACCCUAACCAGAAAAGUCAGAUUUUAAAAUGUGUAGUACAGUCUGUGAUAUUAUAGUAAUAAAAGGCUUUAGGGCAAAUAGGGAACUGGUGUCAGUAUGGAAUCCCUUUGUGUUCUUUGAAAUUUGCAUAUUAAAUGCCAGGGCUGCCAUCAGAAAUAUUGGGACCCCUUAAACAGCUCAAGGUCUGGGCCCAUGGGACAUGUCCCUAGUCUGCCCACCGUCCCUCCCUCCUCCCCCCGAGUCUAACCACGAGUAAAGUCGAUGCAGUGUAUGUUUAUAGUAGAGGCAGUGUGUGUGUAUGGUGGAUGCAGAGUGUAUGUAUAAUGAAUGCAGAGUGUGUGUAUACAGUGGAUGCAGAGCGUGUGUAAGUAAAGUGGAUGUAGUAUGCGUGUGUAAAGAUGAUACAGUGUGUGUAGGGAUGUAGUAUGUGUAUAGUGGAUGCAGUUUGUGUUUAUAGUGGAUGCAGUUUGUGUUGUUGAUGAAGUGUGUGUAUUGGAUGCAGUGUCUGUGUUUGUGUAGUUGAUGCAGUACCUGUGUUUGUAUAGUGGAUGCACAGUGUGUGUUUGUGUAGUGUAUGCAGUGUGUGUGUUUGUGUAAUGAAUGCUGUGUGUGACUGCAGUGUUUGUGCAGUGGAAGCAGUGUGUGUGUGUUGUUGGUGUUGGAUAUGGUCUGUGGGUGGUGAGCAGAUUUUUAUUCCCCCCUCCCUUCCUGUGGCCAGGGCAGUGGCGUCUCUAGGAUUCAUUUUUAGGGGGGGCACAUGGAGGGCCAGGGACAAAAGUAGGGUGGCACAUUUAACCCCGCCCUCGCCGCAGUUUGACCACACCCCUGCCACAUGUUAAGCCCCGCCCCCGACACAAUGUUUUUUUUUUUGUUUUUUUUCAUAAUCUCUGGUGGAGAAUUCAUUAUUUUCCACCAAGGAUUAUUAAAAAACAAACACAUUUUCCUUGAUACAGUCCAUACACAUACACAAACACACACACACACACACACACACACACACAAACAGACUGCUGAGUCCUUACACACACAGAGACUGCUGAGUCCAUACACAGAGACACAGACUGCUGAGUCCAUACACACACACAGACACACACACAGACUGCUGAGUCCAUACAAACACAGACACAUUGACUGCUGAGUACACACACACACACACACACACACACACAGACUACUGAGUUCAUACAGACACACACACAGACACACACACAGACAGACUGCUGGCUCCAUAAACACACACACACACACACACCAGGGCCGGAUUAAGAGCACAGUGGGCCUGGUGCUGACAAUUAUGAUGGGCCUAAUUACAGAAUCUUAUCGAUCAAAAACACUAAAACAAUCAUACCUCCCAAGCGUCAUGUAUCUGAUGGAGAUGGUGCUGGAGGGAAACUCAUAGGAUGCAGCUAUAAGAAAACACAUACUCUAUGCUAAUUUCUCUCUAAUUUAUGCUUUCAUCUUUCAAGUAAAUCCAUAACCCCUAACAGCAGUGUCCAGUGAAGCAGGAAGUCAAUGGGCGGGGUAAAAGGGUGUGCCACUGGUGCGAAUCACAUGACAAGACCUGCCAAAAGGGGUGAACAUGCCCAAAAAGGGGGCAUGUUUGUCUAAAGAAUUGGAAGGUCAGCCUGGCAUGAAUGCAUGUCAGGCUGCCUGCCAAUCCUGCAGGCUGUCCAACUAAGGUCAUACUAUGCAGGCAGCACCUUGAGCUUGAACAUAAAUGCGUCUAAUGAUGCGCUCACUCCAUUCUUUCUAAGGACUGUCCCCUAGCACUCGCUGGUCCACUUGUCUCCUUACCUUCUUACUAGCAGGCAAAAGUUCCUGGUAUAUAGUCUGAGACAGAGAAAAGGUGUCUGUAGUGAGUGUAGAAGAAAGGGGACAUGCCACAGUGUUAGAGAGACCAACGUCUGCAUUACCUAAACUAGCCAGUGCACACAAGUUUUGUUCCCAUACAUCCCUCUUAAGUUUCCAAACUUAAAGGGACACUAUAGUCACCAGAACAACUACAGCUUAUUGUAUUUGUUCUGGUAAGUACAAUCAUUCCAUUCAGGCUUUUUGGAGUAAACACUGUCUUUUCAGAGAAAAUAACUCCACUGGCUGCUCCUUGGAUGUCUCCUAGAGGUGCUGCCUGGGGCAGUACUGCCUAGUGUGUAGCACUGCCAUUCAGUGUCUCCACACUCUGCAUGCAGAAACUGAACUUUCCUCAUAGAGAUGCAUUGAUUCAAUUUAUAUUUAUGAGAAGAUGCUGAUUGGCCAGGGCUAUGUGGGACUUGUGCUGGCUCUGCCCCUGAUCUGCCUAGUUGACAGUCUCAGCUAAUUAUAUGGGGAAGUAUUGUAAUUUGCUCAGACCACCACUUCUGAGCCAGCAGCUGCAGAAUUGAAUACAAGUAAUAUUUUACUAUAUUUAGGGUGGUGGUUUUAACAUAAUAGGGUCAGAAAUACAUGAUUGUGUUCCUGACCCUAUAGUGCUCCUUUAAGCAAGAGUAUGUGAAGAGUAGUUAAGGUUGCCACCUUUCUUGGAAAAAAAUACCAGCCUUAAUGAUUUGUAUAAUUAAUUAGUUAUGCGUGACAUCACAUGAUGUAAAUCACAAGGAGUGACAUCAGAGAAAAUUCUGUAAAAUCACCAACAAACUACACACAGUUUGAUUCUGCUGUAUAGAUGGAUUGCUCCCAGUGUCUUCCUGUCUCCCAGUGUCUCAGUCUCACAAGUCACCCAGUGUCUCAGUGUCCCUAUGUCGCCCAGUCCCCUAGUCUCCCAGUGUCUGUGUCCCCAUUUCUCCCAGUGUCCCAAUGUCUCAGUGUGUCCCUAUGUCACUAGGAUACCGGGGACACUGAGAGACCCGGGGACACUGGGAGACAUGGGGACAUUGAGACAUUUAGGGAAACUGGGAAAAAUGGGGACACUGAGACACUAGGGACACAGACACUGGGAGACAUGGGAACACUGAAACAUUUGGGGACACUAAGACACUAGGGACACAGACAUGGGAACACAGACACUGGGAGACUAGGGGACACUGGGAGACUAGGGGACACUGGGAGACUAGGGGACACUGGCUGGGAGACAGACACUUGGGGACACUGGGAGACAUGAGGGCAGUUGUGGACAUAGACAUGUGGACACUGGGACAUAUAGGGACACUGGGAGACAUGGGGACACCAGGCACACUGAGACACUAGGAACACAGACACUGGGAGAUAUGGAGACACUGAAACAUUUGGGGACACUAAGACACUAGGGACACAGACACAGGGAGACUAGGGGACACUGGGACUCCUCGAGGGCCUCCAGCAUGAUGUUGGGGGGCCAUGGCCCCCCCCCUAGCGACGCCACUGGGCCAGGGAGUGGGAAGAUUAGAUUCCCUUGUGAGCUAAUGGCACAGGAGUUGAAUACUUCAAAAUGGGCCAGGAGUUUCUAUUUUACUCCUUCAGGAGCCAGGCGGUACAUCCUCUUCAUCUCUAGUGAGCCCAGCAUGCGUUGCAUGCUGCGGGGAGUGUUGCCAUGGCAACCCACAGAAACACUUUUGACAGACAUAGCACAUGAGAAGACACACCCGGAGGUGGAACUUGGAGUCUCUUGCGCCCUCUCUUCAUUACAGAAGACAGCAAGGACCUUAAAGUGCAUGUCUAUCAUUAUUAUUGUUUUUAGCAACAAUAGGUUGAUGAGGACCCUAUUCCAACAAGCUUACAGUCUCUCCAUAUAGUCCCUUACAGCCGUAAUGGCUGUACCCACCAUGAUGGCGGCCCCCUAUCAGUGUUCAUUAUACUCAAAUGUUCGUGACAAUCAUAUACACACUACAUUGGAUAGUAAACUAUGGUGAGAGAGAAAUUUGGGUUCUAGGGAUAUUACAAUAAAUAUCUUAUAUUAUUUUACUUCACUCAUUGACAUGCAAAUCAAUUUAUAACUUUUUUGACCUGCGUUUUUCUGGAUUUUAGUUUUUUGUUAUUCUAUCUCUCACUGGUAAAAUACUGAUCAUUUCUUUGUCAGUGGGCAAACAUUCAAAAUCAGCAGGGGAUCAAAUACUUUUUUCCCCUCGCUGUGUAUAUAUAUAUAUAUAUAUAUAUAUAUAUAUAUAUAUAUAUUGUAACAAACCACCUCUUUUACAGGUAGGAUUGUCACAGAUCUUGCAGUAACCACAGCCUUCUGGGGUAUACAAAGUCCAGGACACACUCAGCUCGGUUUUCCUUUUUAUUUGAUAAGAAAGCAGGUGCUUUAAAUAAUAAUAAACAAACAAAAUACCUUGCUCUUACUAGACAGAAACCACUGUCUGUAAUUGGGUGGCUUUCCCAAUUUAAAAAAAAAUAAAGAAUUGGAUUAUCAAUAAACACAAUCCUCCUCCUCCUCCUCCUCCUCCUCCUCCUCCUUUGACUAAAGGAACUCUUUCUAUUGAAGACCGUGAGUGCAGUGAAUUUUUCUGUUUGUUUUUUUGGAUACAAAAGCCCAAGGUUAGGCACCCGGCACUUUGAAUAAUAUUUUAGGACAUUCUGUUUUUUGUUUUUAUAUAUACAGAAACAUCCUUGCACUCAAGCUAUGUUUGGUCCUAUAGUGUCAGAUAUAUGUAUAAUUUUAUUAUUUUAACCUUUAAAUGACCUCUUACCCCUUUGUUUGUAUUUAGGGUGAAACUUGUUUUAACAAAAUGAGAACAUAGAAGGGAAAUUUCUGGUACAUACGUGAAAGCUUCCUCGAGCUCUAGGUUAUAUUAACAAACAGAGAAUGUUUUUGUCUGAACUUGCAAAUUCCUCAGGCAGAUUCAUACUCUCACAGAUUAUUUCCAAAGGAUUCUUUUAUAAUGAUUACAGUAUGGAGUACACCUUAACCUAUAGGUUUCUCAUUGGGAAAUUAGAUGCACUGUGAAAUUCUGUCUAAAGGGAAAAUUUAGAUUAUAGCAUUCUCCAGGAAACUAAAAAAUACAUUGUUUUAUUAUGAGACAACGGUGUACAAAAUUGAACUAACAUAACCUGCUAAAGGGUAAUUUUUCAAAUUGCUCCAGCUAUAUUUAAUUAGAUGAUGGGACAAUAGAACGGGGGUCUCUUUGCACCAUUAUAUAUUCCUUGAGCACAGAUUGCUAUGACACGUUGCUUCCUUUUGCUACUGAUAGUACAUCAUCUUUAUUCAAUUAAAUAAAUAGCAGGACACAAGUGAAAUGGUUUAAUUAUUCAAAAUGGCAGCAUAUUAUUUUACACUUAGCUCGUCAAAUCUUAGAACAUGCACUUAAACUCACAUCUAUCUGAGCUCUUCCAAGUUUUCCUUUUCUGGAAUACUGUCACGUAACCUUAUCAUCUCCUAUUCUCUCUAAAUUGCUGUAUACUUACUGAAACCUAUUAUUUUCUAAACUACGUGUCAAACCUUUAUUCGUAUGAGAACAAAGACACAUGACCAUGUCGCAUUUCAGUGAUUGUAAAACCAUCGACCAUACCAAAAAAGCUUGCUGCCUCACUCUUGAGUAUGGCAAUAUGAAGUCAUUAUUGUUAUGAUAUGUUCCUGAUUUUCUAAAUACAUUGUAUGGCAACUGACAAUAUAAUAGAUUCUGCAAAAGUCGAGUCCAUCAAGUGUAACCCAUCUUCUUUGUUUCUGCUGUUCAUCCAAAAGGUUAUCUAUGAGGAUAAUGCACAGUUUAAGAUUGUAGUUCUUUUCUCAAUAAAUCUUUACUGCACAAAUUAUGUUCGAAGAGAUACUUUAAGCACAAUGGCAAGGGUUAUGAUGCAAGGAGUCUUAUGCAAAGUUCAGUCCUUGAGUUUUGCAUUCAAAAUCCAUACAGCCCCGUCUGGCUGACCUUUGGGUGGGUAAAGAGAACUCCAGCCCAAGACUUUGUGCUGAAUGACAAAAUUUCAGCUAAAACAGCCUUCUUGUGACUUUAGCUAAGUUAAAUAAUUUUGACACUAUUUAUUUUUCCUAAAUUAUUCCAUUCAGACUAUAAUUCAGUCUAAUUUAGAGUUUAGUGAUUAACCUUCCCCCACUCCCUUUCUUCCCGUCAACUCGUAAAUCUACCUCUCCCAUCUUUCCUUAUUUGCAUCUCUCCAUCUACUUGUGCCUUUGCCCCCCAAGUAUCCCAUUGCAUCUCUCUUAACUUGUGUCUCUCACUGACCCCUACCUGGCAUGUAUCUCCUUUUUCCAUCUCUCCCCACUUGUGUGUCUUCUCAUAUAUGCAUUUCUAUCCCCCUCUCACCAACUUAUGUCUCUAUAAGAAAGUGGAAAGGUGUGUAGGCGCUACCAAAUCAAAAAACACACAGGUGUAGUAUAAGUGUAUCCCCCAACACUUAAAAUAAAGUCUACAAUAAAAUACAAAAACUACACCAGACAAUGAGCAGGAAUAGAUGUUCUAUAACUGGAACAAUCUAUAAGAUAAAAAUGCAAAACGUAGUACAGACUGAAUACAUAAUAAAAUCUCAGCCCCUAUAUCGGAUAAAACUCACAGGAUAUAGAGCUGUCCCAGGCUCUAUACAAACAGCUCCAGGGUGCCUAUACAGGCUGAAGCUAUAUCCUUGAAGGAGAGCAGCAAGAAACUUGGAUAAAAAUUAGUUUUAUUCAAAAUUAGAUAAAAAUAAGGGACAUAUAAGCAGUGGUAUAAACACAAUGGCAUAUAGCCUUAUAAAACACAGCAAAACAGAUGAAAUAAGUCCCAAAAGAUAAAAGAUAGCCAGCAAAAACAUUUCAACUCCUACUGGAGUCUUCCUCAGUGCUGUCUUGCUCUCUCUGUAAUCCAAAUAAAUACAGCUUCAAUUAUACUCAAAUUCCACCUUGCUGUCUUACUCCCUCUUCCUCUUUCCGGUGCAGUCAACAUACGUCAUCAUGCUGCGUCACUUCCAGGUGGUGUUUGGUGAUGUAAAGGCGGAAUGGAGAACAGUCCCAUACUAACUAAGGGCAAAAAUCCUCAAAAUACUGCAACAAUAACACAUAAGAAAUAAUUACUGAAAGCUGCACAGAAUAGAAAAAUAAGGUUACCAUAUAUAUAUACACAAUAAGACAAACAAGUAAAAACCUAAUAUAGCCACAGUAAAUCUUUUAAAAUGUGGAGGAGAAAAGAGGAUAGCCUCAAUAGGAAAUAAUGCAUAAAAAUAGAAAGCACUACAUAUAAGAAGUAAAUCAAUUAUUAAAAUAAAAUAAAUAACUUCUAUAAAAAAAUUUGAUGAAUUCAAAAUCUAGAAUAAGCUCUUUAGGGGCUAAAUAAUCCAGCAGCAUAAAAAUCCACUUGCUUUCAUUUUUGCACAGUUCCUUAAAAUUAUCCUCUCCUCUGAUAACUUGAUUUUGCCAAUUUUUUGGAUUUUCAAAAACAUCCAUAUUGAAAUUGUGCAGCCCACACCCAUGAGGGAUAGGGUAUAACAAAUAAAAAAUAGUGUAUGGGUGUCUCUGUCCAUUAAUUUUGUCUACACUGCUACACUGUCUUUAUUUCUUUAUUUCCCAAUCCCUUUUGUGUCUCUUUAACCCUCUAGGUGUCAGCUACUACGUCUUCACGUAUCAAGUAACCGCUAUCGGCUGUAGUGGCUAUGGUACUUACAUCAUCUUUUUAAACACUGUUCCCCCAUUUAUUUCAUACAUUAUGUUGCACUAUGUUUCCUUUUACCGUUAUUCCAAUUUGUUCAGAAAUUAGGAAAUGAUCUAGCCAGCAUUGUCACAGGGUAGGUUAUCUGCCAACAUGCAAAAUAUUUGGUCUAUUAACUUGAUAUUAGGGUAUUUUCUCAACAAAUUGUGGUUUUCGUCUGAAUCUGCUAGAUUCUUAACAUGUAUGUUUAAUUUGUAGUGUCCAAUGUGUCACAACAUAUCAAAGACUAUUACUCAUACCCAACAUCUUACGUAGAUCAUCUCUGCUUAUAUUAAUCAGGUAUUGACAUUUUAGUCAUGCCAAAUAUCCCCACACCUAUUCAGUGGCUUUAAACUUUUUGACGAAGUCGCUUUCUUUUUCUGACGUAUCAAGCCUGAAGCCCAGUUUCAAAACUCACAAAGAAUGGUACAAGCUUAUCCAUACUGUAACAAGUCAAGUAAGCAUGACAGGCUUAGUGACUGAUUUGUUGAGAACUCCAUGCAAUGCAGUAACUUUCAAUUUAUUGUAUUCAUACUUAUUAUUUUUUAUUUAUUGCCUUUGUAUAUAUUCAAUGCAUUAAAGGGUUACGCUAAACUUUCCAAAGUGGUUAUAGUGCAAGGAAUUUCCGACUAAAGUAAUGCCAGAAGAUAUUUAGCUUUUCUCAACCUGGGCUUAACAUUAUAUCAAUGUUUUGCUGUGAUCAACUAAAUAUAGGAAGUAUAUACCUGUAUAUGUAAAAAAAAAUUUAAUUACAAACUUUAUUCAUUAAUUCUAACAAUCAGGGAUGAGGGAGGAGAGAGAGAAGGCUCAAUGCGAACGGAACAGGAUAUCUGGCCAUUUUAUUUUGUUAUUAUGUUUUUCUUACAUCUAAAGUAAAUAACAAAAAAAGCAUUUUGGAUGGCAUGCUAAUAGUUAAAAAUUCUGCCAGAAAUAUUGCAAUAAAAGGCAUACUAUAUAAUUUCUAAAUAUGUAUUUCCUCAGUAUUUCGCAAAGAUUAAAUACAAAAAUAAAAUUGUGUAAAUUUACAUUUUUAAUGUUUAUUUUGAUGUUUAUUUUAAACUGCAAUGUAUAUACAACACUGCAGUUUUACCCUAUCUUUAAGUGCCAGAGAAGUAUUAAAAGGUUACUCCACCCGCCUGCUUUAGAAGUGGUCAUGGUGGUAGGAGCCUAUAUGUGCAGCAUUUACGCUCUACUGAGAUAUUUGCACUUUUGGGCCAAGCUCUUGUUACAGCCCUGGCACAUGUGACUGGGGAAGUCCAGAAUUCAAUUCUGGGUUACCUAAUGUAAAUUCUGUGCAAAAUUUACAUCUGUCGAUAGCACGCACAGCUUGGCAAUAACUCAUGAUUCCCUGGGGAGUGAUGUAGGCCCUUUGUGUCUGUGACAAACUGCCUUUUGUCACUGCGUUUUUAUGUGACCAACUGCCCUUUGCCCCUGGCUUUUGGAGGAGCCUGAUGGCCCUGGGGUGUAUGGCCCUUUUAAAACUAUAUGUGGGCAUAUUGGGACUUUUAAAAGACUGUUUCUGCCCCUUUGAUUCCAUGAGAGAAUGUGCCUCUUCUCCUCCCCCUUUAAUACCUAUCCCAUUGUUCUCCAGCAGGGCGUUGUCCCAGGGACACUGCCAGACCAGUUUAAACUGGCUGCUUUGUCCCUCCUCAAUCUCUCAUCAGCCCUUGCAAAACUUUAUCCUCAUUGCAAAUUUACUCUGUUUGUGGGAUCUGAGCGCUGUUCAUCUUUGGGGGUUCUGUGGGGGUUCUGUGUAAUAUAAUAGGAAUUAUGUAUUUUUAUGUAUUUUACUGUUAGUGUAAAAGGGAGAUAUUUUCUGUACCUGGAGAUAAUUGAGUUUAGUGCAGUUCCUUAAGCCAAUUAUCUCCAGGAUAGAGGGGAGGGAUUUUACUGUGUAUGUGGGAGUGUUAUUUUGUUAAUUAGUGUUCCCAUUGGUUUGUGUCCCUUUUGUCACAGUUUACCACCAGGUCCAAGGGUUGUGCCUCUGGCCUGAAAACUUGCAUAAAAGAAAGCCCUUUGGUGCUGAUUAAACAGAUCAUCUUGUACUUUCAUGAAGUUUUGGCUCAUGUUUGGGGGAUUGGAGAACUACACUAUGGGGAUUGCUAUAAUCACUUUACUCCCCAGGGCAUAAUCACUAAGCUCUGCUCAGAGCUUGUUCCUGUUCCUGCUCUCUGGAAUUCGGAGAGGUCGACCUACUGGAAGCUGGACCCUGGUCUUGGGUCCAGAGUGGGUGGAGACGGCGAGACCCCAACCAAGCUGCGGCAGUUCGAGGGAGUCUACAGUGGUUAUGGUGUCUGGCGGAGUGCUUGGAGUCCUCGGGAAGCACUAGUUGCAUACAUCAAUGGAAGGUACCCGGUCGGGGUGCAAGCGGUUCCGUUACAGUGUCCAGUACCACUACCUUGGUAACAGCAGUGUAUCUUGAUAGCAGACUCUGCCAAACACUAGAGAAAUUACAGAGCAGAGUGUUGAAUGUUCAUACAUAUCUUGUGGGCUUCAUACUCAGUAUAGACAUGGACAGUUAACUGUUGGAUUCACUCUUCCUCUCUCACAGCUCAGACUUAAAAUCCUCACUCUAUGAAUAGAUAGCUUGGACAUCCAUUGAUUUCCCAUCAAUCUGCUUUAUUUGCAGGCCAUGUUUUUACAUAUUUUUGUUUUUAUUUGUAAUUGUAUUGAGGGAUUUAAUUUAAUUUAAUUUAAUAUCAUGCAAUAAAUAAACAACCACAAAAAUCCCGUUAGACAUUAAUUUGAGUAGUGUACUGUUGGCGUGCCUAUACUAUACUGUACUAUAAAAAGACGCAGUGAAUCAUUGGAACUGUAUAUUUUAUUACCCCACCCUAAAUGUUUGUGAUAGAACGUGUCUGAAUGACCUCACUGAACAAUAAAGUUGGAGGCUCAGAAUAACCAUUUAUAAGGACAGCCUCAUAUGUGUUUCUAUCAUACAAACACUAUACAUGCGGUUGCUAAGCACUCUGAACUAAUGAAUAAGAAAUGUUAUCAUGGUUACUUACUAAGGUAAUUAGUACAUAAGAAGUGAAUUCAAAGUUAAUUCAAAGUGAAUUUUUAAAUUCAGGGUCAAAAUAGCCCAAAUUGAAAAAUUAUCUAACACAGCAAUACUUCCAGUUUGUCACCUCUGGCGUUAAAUUUGAAAUUCAUUUUGAAUUUUCUUUUUAGUAAAUAAUUCUGUAAGAGUAACAUUAUGAGUGAGUAGGAAAAUAAUGCAGGAGGCUAUAAGACGAGUUCUGAAGUAGAUGUUAUCACUAAUGAGUUGUGGUUAUUUCAAUGAACUGUCUAAUUUUUAAAAUAAGCUGUUAAAUAAAUAAAAUAAGUUUUAAAUAAUGCUCUGUUGUAAUAUCUCUUUAGAGGUCCAGAACUGCUCACCAUCAACAUUAUUACUUUUGUUUUUCUUUUUGAAUUACUUUAAAUUGAUGCAUUCUGGUGUUGAGUAUCCAGGGGGUCUGGAGGGGGCAUUAAAUAAAUAAAUAAAAGAAAUCGUAAAUAAAUCCCAUUUAUACCUUCUUGGAACACAUCUAUUGAUGUUUGAUGGCUGAAGAAGAAUGAAGGUGUUUUUUAUUUUUUUUAUUUCACUAAGGCACCUGAUAUCUUUACUUAGAAAAAAUGUCUGAAAGGGAUCUGCAGGGAUAGCUUGACUUUUCAAGUAUAGCUCUAUGUAUAAACUGGGCACCAAGCAUGGUAUCUCAUACUGGAGCUGAUGGCAAAGGUUUCUUUAAAAAAACCACAAGUCCCCUGUGUUUCUUACCUAUCAGUACCCUACCAUCUCCUGUAUCAGACCCCUUUUUACUCACCAAUGUCCAUUCUAUUAGACCAGUCCCCGCUAUCACUACACCACCAUCUCCUAUAUCAUAUAGCCUUUUACUCAUCAAUGUCCAUUAUAUUAGGCCAGUCCCCUCUACUUGGAUAUCAAUUUGUUAAAUUUUUGAGUUUUGUGGGUAGACUCGAUAGUACAUUCCUUUUUGAUGGGGCACUUCAGACAACCAUCACAAUUUUCAUGUAUUUUGUAGUUUUUGACCAAAAUAUUAUCUGUAUUUUCAUAUCGUCAGUUUUAAAUAUCUAUUGCAAAAAUAAGUUAAAAAAAACAAAAAAACAAAAACAAAAUGUAUUACAGCAUUCUGCAUUUUAAGCCUGUCUUCUCUCUUCUCUAUUCCUCCACUCUAAAAUAUUAAUUCUUGAUUGUCACUGUAGCUUGUACUUAUAUGUCCAAUAUAAAAGUAUUAGAACAACCAAAUUAAUUGAUAUAUUUCUUGUCUGGGCACUGCUACCUUGCAGUUUUCAAAAAUUAUGGCAAAUAUGGCAACUUCAAAUGUAUGUUUUUCAUUAUUUUGAAUUGGUUGGUUUUGAAUCGAUUUUUUAAUGCAUUAUAUAUGCAAUGCGUUGAAAAAGAAUGACUCAAUUCCCACCUGGAGUAGUCCUUCACAUAUCUAUAUUUUGCAUGGAACUUGUGUUUCUGAGCAGUGAAAUGUGAAAAGGUAUGGUGAUGUUUAUUUUGUAAAGUGUUUUUUGUUAUUCUAACACUAAUCUACUCCAUCGUUUUGCGAAACCACAAAGCUGCCUUUAUACUAUAUACAGAGAGUGGUACACAAAGUAUGUCUUGCAUUAGUUGAGGACAAUGAACAAGAGUCAGUAUACAAUAUUUGCUGUCUACUUAAGAAAAACAAAAACUAUUUGCAAAGUGCGUGUUUUGAAAUACUGUUUCAAAGUAUAGAAACAAAAACAACAUAAAAUGAAUACAGUUGUAUUUUAAAUAAACUAAAACAAAGUACAAGGAACUCCGUCACUUUGAACAAGUGUUUUCUGCCGCUAUGGAAACAAAGAAAGCCUUUAAACUCUAUCUCAUAUUUAUUUUUGUUGCAUGACUAAUGUUUAACUUUAAUGUGAUGUGCGGAAAAAUAUGAUAGGAACAAGAAAUGGCAUUAAAAUUACAAUUUCUCAGGAUGGAUUGGCAUUAAAGAAAUUCUUCAGUCAUGGCUGACAUGCUUGCUCUAACACUCUACUGACAUUAGAGGCUUUUUAGGGAUGUUGAAAGCACAUUACCCAUCAUUUUAGAUUAAAAAUCAUGCUUAUUGAAUAUAACCAGAUCUUCAUGUAUGUUAUAUACUUUCACCUAGCACCUAACCUCAAGAUGAACAUUGGCAAGGGAGUUAGGAGAAAUUGUCCUCUGAACCACUAGCAUACAAGGAUUGUGGGCUGCAUCCUCACUACAUCUCUGUCAGUACUCCUUCAUGCAGAUCAUUCUUACUAAUGUUCGGGACCGGUGACGACUGCUAGGCAGAAAUAGAUGAAAAAUGAAAAGUAAAAAAAAAAAAGACAGAGUAGGAAAGGUAAGUACGUUGUGACAGUGCCGCUUUAAAAGCUAUAAGGCUAAUUAGUGAUUUCAAGUCUACAAUCUACAUAGCAUCACAUAUUAUUAAUGUUAUGAAUAAAAUAUUUUAGAUGUAACAAUUAUAAUUUGCAUGCAUAAUUGUAAACGAUACAUUAUUUUAAGUAGACUGACAUGAAUUAAACAAACUGUAUUUAAUAUAAUAGAUCAAUUUGAUAAUAACACAAAGCUGUUGAAUAUUUAAAUGUCUAUAUAUAACUUUUCAAAAAUAAUUUUCAGUCCUAGUAGAAGCCACAGAGAGUUCAAUGUUUACAUUUAUUUCUCAGCAUAGCAAUAGGAUCCUUCAUUUUACAAUGUGAAAUCCAGUGACAAUCAGAAAGUCUCAGAGGUUACUAAACUCUUACCUGAUUAGAAAAUCUAUGUGCUCUUGGUAAUCUUAAAUUUCCAUAGUGCAGAUUAAACAGUCUUCUAACUGUUUAAACAGAAAGAUAAAACACUUGAUCAGUGGACAUUUAAAGGUGUAAUAAAGCCAUUUUUGAAAAUUAAUCUCUGGGAUCAGUGAUGCAAAACACGAUUUGCUUCAUCACCUUGGGGUUUUGAAUAACGAACACUGUUUGACAAAGAAAUAUUUUUACAGUCCUCAUCUCUCUAAGUUGAGAUAUAUAUAUGAGAUAUAUAUAAUUGGAUGCGAGAAAAAGUUACAAUAAUAUUAUUAUACAUUGUUCAUCGUGCCUGGAAGAUAAAUUUGAAGAUAUGAAGAUUGUAACCCUUUCUUUAUAACAAAGAAAAAUAUGAAAAUGUGUCAUUUAGAACGUAGAGAGUCUUUGUACAUACCAAUUAUUAAUGUACAUAUAAUGAUGGAGAAUUAAAUUCUAAACAUUAUAGUCUAAGAGAUGUUUUGAAAACUUUACAUACAUAUGUAUUUUUAUGGAGAAUAAAGUUUGUUUUAAUAUUUAUAAACUGUGUUACACAAAUUAGGAUCAUUCUAAUUACUAACGUAUUUAUUUAAUAAUUUGUAUAUUAAGAAUUUUACCUAGGUCUCUGUGUGGAGCGAACCUUCCGUUAAUGGGUUUGCUCAUUUUAAUGAAUAUGCUUUUUUAUAUGACACACACAUACUAAACUAAAACAUGAGAUUUCAUAGAUGAGAUUAUGAAAUGUUAGAAGGCACAUUAAUGUACAGUGUCUAACAUUAAAUGUUGUGUGGGGAGGGGGGUUAUAAUUUACACAGCAUAGCUAACCCUUAGACAUUUCAAAGCAUUUUAGUAUUGUGACACAAAUAGUUAAACAAAAUCAAACAUUUUUUAUUUUUUUUUUACGAUGAGAUAAAUAUGCAUUACAAUUCUUUCUGUGGGAUAGGCUUGAUAGUUUGUGAUUUUCAAUAGACUCGCUGAUUUCCAUUUUUAUCUAUAAUCAUGUCAAUCCUGUGUAUAAUUGGAACUUGUACAAUGUGUUCAAGUUCUUAGCUGUGCGACAAUGCCUGGCAUGCUGUAUGACAGCUUAGAUGUAUGUACAUGGUUGGUUGGUAUGCCUUCAAAGGAACACAUUAACAAUAUAUAUGUGUAUAUUGAUAAUGUAUUUCUUAAGCUAUUUAAAAUACAAAUCCCACUUGUUUUUAAAAUUGUUAUUAAAGGAUCACUAUAGGGUCAGGAACACAAACAUAUAUUCCUGACUCUAUAGUGUUAACACCACCAUCUAGCCCCCCUGGGCCCCUCAUGCCUCCAUAAAUAUAGUAAAAAUCUUACUGUAUUCAAGCCUGAAGCUGUAAAUCUGUGUGCUGUUAGACUCAGAAAAACAAGCAGUCUGCUGACAUGUGGUAGCCUGAUCCAAUCACAAUGCUUCCCCAUAGGAUUGGCUGCGACUGACAAAGAGGCAGAUCAGGGGCAGAGCCAGUACAAUUCAAACACAGCCCUGGCCAAUCAGCAUCUCCUCAUAGAGAUGAAUUGAAUUAAUGAAUCUCUAUGAGGAAAGUUCAGUGCCUACAUGCAGAGGGAGGAGAUACUGAAUCACAGGAUGCUGUGCACAGUGCUGUGCUGUACUCUGCUGACAGCAGAUCUGAGUGUAUGGAGGCAUAUUAUGCCUCCAUCAACUCCGAAGUCCCUCUGGUUCACUCUAAGUGACUGCAACUGGAGUGUUCCUAGCUUUCAAUGUAAACACUGUAUUUUCUCAGAAAAUACAGUGUUUACAUGAGAAAGGCUGCAGGGAGCUAUAGUUCUCACCUGAACAACCUCAUUAAGCUGAAGUUGUUCAGGUGACUAUAGUUUCCCUUUAAAGUUAACUUUGUUCAAGUACUGGGACACUCACCUUACUAUAUUCCAAUCCAACUCCAGUAAAGUCUUUCAGCCAUGAUGAUAUUUGGCCAUGAAUAUGCUUCUGAUAGGGAAGUACUGAAAACACGCUUCGCAUGCAUGGCAAUCGCUGUGCUCUGCCAAAUCAUUGUUUCUACUAGAAAGGCAUUGGACACACAAUGUCCGGCAUUUGCAUAUGUUGCAUGAUGACACUGGAUUCCAAAUAGAUUCAGUAAUGUAAUCUAUGUAUGUCCUAUCUACCGUCUGGUAGUUACUAGACGGUGAGGAAAUAGCAAAAUAUUGAUGGUGCAAUCUCUGAGAUAUACCGAUAUUUACAAAAGCAAAGCUGUCUAGGAAGAUCUGUGCUUAAGAACUAAGAUGAAGAGAUUUUGGUGUGUAAGCAGUACCUUUAAAGGAACACUAUAGAGUUAGGAAUACAAACUUGGAUUCCUAACGCCAUGGUUUCCCUGCCCCUAUUUUAUGGGAUCUCCUUCCUCCUGAUAGGUAAAGAGUUAAAACCCCUUUUUUACUUACCUUUAUUCUUGUUCUCCUCCUCCUGUGAUGUCAGGCUGAUUGGGGAACUAAGCUCUAGAAAAUCUAUGUACAUAUGGGAAUCUUACAAUUCCAUAGUGGAGAUUAAGCGUCUGCUAACUGUUUAAACAGAAAGAUAGAUAGAAAGAUCAGUGGAUAUUUAAAGGUGUAAUGAAGCCAUUUAAAAAAAAAAUUAGUCUCUGGGAUCAGUGAUGCAAAAUACGAAUUGCUUCAACACCUAAGGAAUUUGAAUAACGAACACUUUGUAAUAGUCACCUGGGGACUUAUGUAACCGUUUACCAGGAGUUGGAGCCCAGUUGCAGGAGAUGGCACAGGUUGGAGGCAAAGACCAGAAGCGCAGUACAGAUUAAGGGGAAAUCCAAAGGCAGGGUCAGACGAGAAGCAGAAGUCAAGGCUGGCAGCGGAGUAACAAAGUCAGUAAAGCAGGUCAGAGUCCAGGAAAUCCAUCAGUAGUGUAGCAAAGAUCCAUCAGGAAACACCAAACAGGCAAAAUGACCAGAUACUAGGUUUCAGGCAGGGCUGGCUUUUACAGCCUGCUAAUUAGGUGCAGCUGCAGGGCCGGACCGGGGACACGAAGCAGCCCUGGAAAUAUAUAUAUAUACACACACACACACACACACACACAUAUCUAUAUAUACAACGGGGUGUGUGUGCGUGUGUAUAUAUAUAUAUAUAUAUAUAUAUAUAUAUAUAUUUAUUAUUGGAAUAUUUCUUUUUCAAUUAAAAAUAUUAGUCCUUUUAGGGUAAUUAAAUUAUAUAGUAAAGCAUACUCACAUGCAGACACAGACAAUCUUACUGACACACACACAUAGGUUAAUUGACAGACAAUCUCAAUGACACACACAGACAAGGUUACUAGUACACAAACAAAUUUAGUACAGACAAACUCUGAUACACAGACAAGCUCACCACACACACAUGCUCACCAGAGACAGGAGCAGACACACCCAUGCUCCCUACAGACAAGCUUACUAACACACACACACGAUCCCUACAGACAAGCUUACUGACACACAUACAAGCUCACUCACUAGCAGGCACACACACAAACUCACUAGCAGGUGCACACACACACACAGAAGCUCCCUCACUAGCAGUGGCUAUAGUGCCAGUAGUGCCCUGGUGCCCUCCAAUGUUUUGUCUCAUUACCUGGGAUUCACAAGGUGCCACUUAAGCUCUCUGUCUGUGCUCUGUCAAAUACAGUGGGGGCAGGGAAUGGUGCUCUGCGACCCAAGUUAAGAAGUCAAUUGUACUUAAACUGUUUGACUACUUACAUCAGAGUGUGGGAAACAAGUCACUGCUGGUACCAUAACCACUACAGUGUGCAAUAGUGGUUAUGGUGCUUGGAGUAUUUCUGUAAUAUAUAAAUCAAAAUUUACUCAAUAUCUAAUGCAUUUAUUCAAAAUGCCUCUGUUUAAAUAUUAAACUACUAAAAUGGCCAUCAGAGGCUCACAUGUAUUUUGACCCUAAUUUGUGUGUGACAACUGAAUUAUUUAUGUAUUUUUCACCUGUACAAGUGCCGUCAGUUACAGGCAUCUGUGUUACUGUAAUACAGAGAUUUGUUAGAUUGCCUACCUGAAGAGAGUCUUUUCAUAUUUGGGGACUACUUAGUCCCUUUGAAGUUAAAUUAAAUAUUUUUUCAAAGUAAAUGCAAAAGAGUACUCUGUAAUGGAAACAAAUGGAAGCAAAUGAAUGUGCAUUAUGAAACUGUCAGUGCACUCUUCUGAUGCAUUCCCUAAAUACGUGCUUAAAAGGAAUCCUUAAAAUGGCACACAAUAAACCGAACCUGCUCAACCACUACACACCCGGGCUGUUAAACAGGUUAACUAUUAUAUUGUUUGCAGAAUAAAAUCACUAAUCUCCACACAUGGAAAAUACACAGGAAACUACCUUGCAUUGCUUUUGAGCAAGACAAAAGGAAUGUACUCUCUCUGUCCUAGUUUUAAAUGCACAGUUAAUGUUGUUUGUCGAGAUACCAGUGGCAGAACUAAAAAAGAUAGGACCCGGAUGCAAAAAAAAAUAAAAAAUAAAAUUAUGAUAUGAUUAAUUGUAUAUUGUUUGAAAGCAGAGCAUGAUUGAUGUGUAGUGCUGGAGUUUGAAUGCAGUGUUAUGUUUUUUGUAGUGUUGUUAUUUGAAUGCAGUGGUGUUUUUCUGUGUAGUGUAGGUAUUUGAAUGCAGUGGUGUUUUUAUGUGUAAAUGCAGUGGUGUGUUUGUGUGUCAUGUUGGGGUUUGCAUGCAGGAAUGCAGAUCUUCAAACACUGACAAACAGUAUCAGUGGAGGUGGGUCUUUGUCAUUUCUAAGUACAAGAACAAUCUGGAGACUGAUACAGGGAAAACCCAACAUGUUUGUUUCUAUUUGGUCCUUCAAAUAAAUUGUGCACUUUUGGCAUCUAGUGGUGCUGCCUUUAGUUUUUUAUUGUUUGUACUUAACACUGACACAUUCACAGAUUCACAAACUGACAAACAUGUACAGGUCCACACUUUGAUGCACAUGCACAGGUAUACAUAUACAUAUUGCAUAGAUCCAGACACUCUCAGAAUGGCACAUAUACAGAUACACAGAAAAACUGACUGACAUUGCAUACACUGACACACAGGAUGGGAGACAGGGGGCAGAGCUAAACGCUGCCCUUCCCAAUCAGCAUCUCAUCAUAGAUAUGCAUUCAAUCAGAGGGGAAAGCAUUGGGACACUGAAUGUCAAUGCUACACACUGUGCAGCACUGACCCACAAGGCAUGGAGACGCUUACUGUCAAUGCUGUACACCCAGGUAGAGCCUCUAGUGGCCGAGUGAGGAGUGGCCACUUGAGGUGUUCAUAGGCUGUAAUGUAAAUACUUCCUUUCACUAAAAAGGCAGCGUUUACAUUAAAAAGCCUGCAGGGACUGACAAUACUCACCAGAACAACUAUGUUAAGCUGGAUGUUCUGAUGACUAAAGUGUCCUUUAUACAUUAACACACCAUGGAACUCAUUUGACCCUACAAAUCCCAUAAAGAUAGCAGUAGAGAUGAUUAUUCCUUAAAUAUAAUGGUGGGAAAUAUGCCAAACUGUGUUAAGGUAUUAAAAAUAAACCUCUGGUCAUUAAAAAACCCUAUCUUACAAAUUAAGCUUUUAUUGUGUUAGAGAAACAUCAUUUGCAUGAAAAUCACUUGAGUGCAUUGAUAGUAGAUAGACCUGAUUAGUUGAAGAUUAGAUCAGUUGAUUAAUUUAAAAUGUUCAUGUUUUUAAUUAUGCCUUAAUCUCUCAAGAGACGCAGGGAGCUUUCCAUAGGAAAUGUAUGUACAUUUUUAUAGAUAUGAUCAUGAUUAAAGGAGCAAAUUGUUCAAAAUUUUAAUGAAAUACAGGCGAGAAGAAUUGUUUAGUUCCAUGAUGCAUUUAUCAUUUUAUUAUUUGUUCCUCUUUAUUUUAAACACAUUGUUUUUCACCUUAUACAUAUACAUGUAAACACACUUACCUGCUGAUUCACUACAGUUAUAGUUACUUUUUCCUAUUUUUAGUUCUUAUUGUCGAAUUCAGUAAAUUAAUUCUUUGUCAUCUUCAAUGGGUAUGAAUCCACCAAAAAUAGACCUCUAAGAGUUUUCAAGGAAGUUAGGAAGUUAAUGAUUCUUUUCAAGCAAUUUUUAGUGAACUUUUUUAAAAUACGUUUUCAAACAAUAACAAGGAAAAGAAGAACAAGAGUUUUUUUAGAAUGGUUAAUGUGAAUAAUGUUGAAAUUUGGCACCCGUCGUUAACACACAAAGCAUGCUUGUGGCAGACAGUUAAAGGUCAGCACCCACCUCCAAGCUGCCCUGUCCUCCUCUUAGUCGUCCUCCCCUACAUCACAUCCCCGGCAGAUAAGUGAAGUGACAUUAGUGGACGGGGAUUGGGCUGAGGGAAGAACUUGGCUUUGGUGUUUUAAUAGAGGUACAUUAAUGCUUUAUUUAUUUAUUUUUUUAUUUUUCUUUGACCAGGGAUACCAGAACAGCAAGGAUUACUCUAACCAGAAGCAGUGAUUUCUUAAAACACUGUUUUUUGGAUGGAUUAAUCCUUUAAAAAUGUCUUUGAUCUAUAAUUCCCUUAGAUAUAUAUAAAACUUUAUCUAUUGAAUGUCCUUAUGAACAAAUAUAUUUAUGAGUUAAGUAGUCAUUAACAUAGUUUUGUAGGUUCUGACUCAUGUCUGACUUUGCAAAAACUGCACUGCACUAAUGUCAAUACAUGGUUGCCUUCAGAUCUUCCUUGUCAGCUUUCCUAUAAUUUGUAGCACUCGAGAGUUCUCAGGUUCAUAGCUUUUCUAACACAAUUAUAUACCAAGAACAUGAAAAGAAGUUUUUAUCUAUAUAAUUACACUGAUCAGCUACAACAUUGAAACCAGCUGCCUAGUAUCGUGUAGGUCCCCCUUGUGCUGCCAAAACAGUUCUAAUGUAUCAAGGCAUGGACUCCACAAGACCUCCGAAUGCUUCCUUUGGUAUCUGGCACCAACACUUUUGCAGAAGAUCCUUUAAGUCCUGCAAGUAGUGAGGUGGGGCCUCCAAGGAUCCGAUUGGUUAUUCCAGCACAUCCCACAGUUGGGGAAUUUGGAGGCCAAGGCAACACCUUGAACUCUUUGUUAUGUUCCUCAAACCAUUCCUGAACAAUUAUCCACCAGUGUGGGAUAGUGGAUUAUCCUUCUAAAAGAGGUGCCACCAGAGAGCAUAAAGGGGUGUAUGUGGUCUGCAACUAUCUCUUGGAAGGUGAUAUGUUUCAAAGUAACAUCCUCAUGAAUGCCAGGAAGGUUUUCCAGCAGAACAUUGUCCAGACUUUUCUAAAGAUCAAAUAAAUCAAAUUAAUCUCAUAAAGAACUCAGAUUUCUUCCUAACUUCAGCCACACCAAGGACAUUGGUGAUUCUCCCACACUUGUGGAUAAUAGUCCGGAGAUGUUUGCCAGGUCAUAUCCACUCUAGCUGCUGAUUUCCUGCAUUUACUAUUAUCUGUGGUGCAAGCUACUUUUUUGUUGGGUUGUUGUUCUGAUUAGUCAUUAUUAUCAUCAUUGCGCUGUGAUACUUUGUUUGACAAUGUUUUGAUUUAGUCAGUCUGCUUUAGCUGUGUAUCAUGGCCAGUAUCUAGGUGCAACAUUAGUACUGCUGUAACUGCUCUCUUAAGUCAGAGUAAUGCAGUGUCUAGCAAUUGUAACAUGGUUAGUGUCGUCUAGUACUCAUUAAGCAAGAUAUUCUACUCAUCUACAGUAUUUUAGGAUUUAAAAUUGUGCAGAUGUUUCGACAUGUAUAACACAUUUUCUUUUAUAUCUUUUCUCUAUAUGUCAUGGUUACAUGUUAAAAACAGUUUGUGAUAUUACCAUUGCACUACAAAAAUACAACAGUUUUUUCUAUUGUUGAAGGAAUCAAUUGUCUUUAUUUUUUACUUUCAAUAGCGUCAUCAUGAUAUUAUUAUUUUUUAGUAUUCAAUAAUUUUCUAACCAUUUCCUUCCUUAUUUUAUUAAUCAUUGUAUUAUUACUGUCUAAAUUUGCAUGCUACAGCCAUUUCUGUAGAGAGACCAAUACCUUUUGUUGUGUGAAAUAGUGGAUCAUCGACGUAUGAGACAUGAUGACUGUCUGCUGUAGGUCUCCCAAACAUUUAUUACCGAUAAUAAAUUAUGUUGCUACUUCAACUCCAGUCAGAGAUGAUGUUGCAAGCAAGGGGCGAGUGCCCCCUGAGUUUAGAACACUUUGAGUAGGGAAUAUUUUUUUACUUAAUAUAGUAAUUGCCGAGCAUAACAAGAUUGCCUGUUUACGGCCAUAGUCAGAGUGCCUAUGCCUAAUUAGAGGGACCAGGCUUUGUAGAAUGCAUAAAGCAUUUGGCAAGGCCUUUGUUAUCCUAGUUAUUUGUUAUUAACUUUUUUCUGCUUGGAAUAUCCCUAACCUAAAUUCCACAUAUCACAAAAAAAAUCUGUAUAUUCUGUUAUAAACUAAAACAGAUAAAUAUUCAGUAAACAGUCAAGAUGUCAGUAGCAAUAGUCUUUUAUGGGCAGGGUGACUACAUGGCAGGCAAUAUAAAUAGCCAUAAACAUAUGGAAUCUUGAGGUAAGAGUCCAAGUUAGCUCUAAAUGGGCCUAAAUAAAAUUUAAUUAUUACCUGAAGUAAUUGAUGACAAUGUGAGUUGCCACUUUGGUUCACUAAAGCUAACUCUUUGAAGGUAAAAACAGAGUAUGGCUUACAUUUUUAGAUUUACGGGCACCUACUCUGAUCCCAUGCCACACUGGGCUCACUGCAGCUCUCCCGCUGGUAAGAUCAUCAGUAAUGAGUCUACAGUGAAGCAUUAGGGGGCCUAUUGCACAUGUAUGCGAAUUGCCAUGAUGAUCAGAAUCCCAUCUUAGAAAGCCAUUACUGAUGCAUCUCAAUGGGGAGAACUGAGAUUCUUCAUACAGAGCUUGAAGAUACUGAAUGUCAGUUGCAAAGAUUGCAGGAUCCUAAAAGGAAGCACCUCUAAUGGUCAUCUGAAUGAUGUUUCCUUAGGGACAAAUUGACAGUAAAGGCAGUGUUUUCAGAUCACAGACUGCAGGGACAGGUUCUUUAUAUCAAUCAAGCUGUAGUAGUUUUGGUACUUAAUAUUAUUUGCAGAUAAUGUUCAUUAAUCAAUACAUGACUGGCGCUUUGACAAUUUACUUUUUACUUGGUUUAGAAGGCUUAAUGCAUACUUAUACUCUAUCUAUCAAUCUAUCUAUCUAUCUAUCAUCUAUUAUUAUUAUUAUUAUCAUUAUCAUUAUUAUUGCCAUUUAUAUAGCGCCAACAGAUUCCGUAGCGCUUUACUAUAUUAUAAGAGGGGGGGAUUUAGCUGUAAAUAGGACAAUUACAGGAAAACUUACAGGAACAAUAGUUUGAAGAGGACCCUGCUCAAAUGAGCUUACUAUCUAUCUAUCUAUCUUUUAUAUUACUGCAUUGAAAGAUAGAAGAUGUUGUUUAGCAUGUUUGCCAGUUAAAAAUCAGAUGAAUAUAAUGAUGUUUCCUACAUAUUGCCAGUCAUACAGUUUCAGAGUCUAUAUAUCUCUCACCUUUCUCAACAAAUAAAGUUUUAUUUCACUGAUUCACUGCUAAAAACACUGUAGGUACACCCACAUUGCAAACACCGAAACCAGUCAAUUGUUUGCUUUCAAGACGGUAAAUAAAGUAACUGAAUUUAAUUUUUAUUAUCCUUGCAGCACAACAUAUAACAGUCUUAUCGAGGAAGCAUCAAAGAUGGAAAAGAUAAAGUUCAGAUAUGUUGUCCAGAUUUAUGGCAUUUGCCGCAAUCCUGUUGGGAUUGUGAUGGAGUUUAUGGAAAAUGGGUCUCUUGAAAAACUACUACCAUCUCAUAGCCUAAGUUGGCAUUUGAAAUUUCGUUUUAUCCAUGAGAUAGCUUUGGGAAUGAACUUUCUCCAUAUGAUGAAUCCUCCACUUCUCCAUCUGGACCUAAAACCUGGAAAUAUUCUUCUUGAUGAACAUUUACAUGUAAAGGUUUGUUCUACCUUCCUGCUUUACAUUAGAACAUUGUUUUGUUCCUCUCUGAAUUUGUUAGAUCUAGUCAUCUUCAUGUGACAAAUAACUGAAAAACAAAUAUACCCAGACCCUAACACUCUUGCAGACCUUGACACUGUUUUUUUACUGGACUCUUCUUUCCUUGUCCCCUCUCUCUCUGUCUUUUCACCCCUACAGUUUUUCUUGCUAACAUUCUCCUCUCCCCUUCUUCAUGGUCUCCUUCUUGUAUAUUCUUCCCAUUCUAUCCGUUCUCCUCAUCCCCUUACUUUUUAGCCACUUUUAGAGCAUAUACCUCUCCACAGACAAUGGGCUUCCCCUGGGUUAGGUGCUUCUUUCCUUAUUCAUCAUCAUUACAUCACAUCUGGUCCUGUGGAAAGUCUUACAUCAUUAGGUGUGUCCAUUGUCCUUCCUAUCCCAGUCUUCCCCUUACCCAGUUUCUUCAUCUGGUGACUUUGAAUGAGUCUUGUGCAAGAACAUUUCCUUGACCCAUGCAUGAUCCUGUAAGAUUACAAAUGAGUAAUUAAUGAUUUUGCUAUUAUAUUUAAUUGUAAACUCACCUACACCAGGUGUGUUUUUCUUAGUUAUUGUUGAGUGUGGUUUGAUUUGCUUUCUUUGUAUUUGUUUUACAUUUUCUUACGAUAUUCUAGUUCAAAUAUAAAAAAAUAAAGAAUGAAAAAAAUAGAGAUAUACUUUGUAAGAUACACUACAUUUUAAUAAUUAUUGAAAAAAAGGGUUCAACUCAAGUUACUCUUUUUUAGUCUGGCUGCAACAUUCUAUACAUAUAGAUGUUUUGACUAGUUGUGAUAAUACAAAGUAUGGAAAUUGUGCAAAGUUCUUCAGACAUUUUGUGCUGUACCUUAUUUAUGAAUUUAUUUUUGUGCCUAUAUAUCGAAUAUGGAAGAAUCCAAUGUUUCUCUUUUAUAUUUGAUGUUGAGCACCAUACAUUUUGAAUCUGGAUAUCCAUAAUAUAAUUUGCAGUAGAUGUAGACAAAGCAUGACAAAUGCACACAAGGUUUGGAACACCUGAUUUCAUGCAUGAGACACAUGACAGUUGUUUUAAAACAUUUAGAUCUGGAUUGUAAUAUACAUAUGUCUGCAGUAACAGUCCUGGUCAACCAGAUAGUGUUCCCAAAUUAAUUAUAUUUGAGACAUUGAGGCACAAGGAGACAUGGGUUUGAAAUUGUAUUCUAUACCUAUCAUACACAACUUAGUUGUCCAGGUUUUAUCGCUAUCAUCAUUAAAGGACCACUAAAGUCACCCAGACCACUUCAUCUCAAUAAAGUGGUCUUGGUACAGUGGUUUUUUAGUUUUAACCCUGCAAUGUAAACAUUUUUAUUAACAAAAUGCAAUGUUUACAUUACAGGGUUAAAUCCACCUCUAGUGGCUUUCUACUGGACAGCCACUAGAGGCACUACUGCUCUGACUGAGUAGAACUCAGUUACAUCAUGCAGAAGCUCAUAGGAAAACAAUGGAUUAAAUGCGUUCAUCUUAAAAGCACUGGAUGCAUGUAAAGGUGCAGACCUGAGAAGUGCCAAGGGCAUCUCAAUGUUAGAAAUAGCUGAGCAUAAUUUAUUUCAUUAAUUGUAAUUAAAAAAGGGGGGUUGGGCUAUACAUAACUAUGUACAGGGGCACUAUAGCAUUAGGAAUACAGGUUUGUAUCUAUUAUAUCAUAUUUAAUAAAUUAUAAUAUAAUAUUAGUGACAUAAACAUCUGUUGUAAAAUAUUUACAGAGCUUCAUGAUUGGCACUUCAAUGUCAAUAUCUUUUAUAUUUUUCAUAGUCUUUUAUCAAGAUAAUACCAAUAAAUUACAUAGUUUAAAUUUACUGCGUAUGCCCCAUGUAUUAUUUCUUCAACCAUUUCUUCAGAAAUAUAAUAUGCUGUCAUACAUAGUCUGGCAAGUGAAAUGUAUGCUUGAAUAGUGUCUCUGACGGCCUCUCUGCUGUUUCUAACUGGAUGGCUGCCCACUUCCUUAAACUAAACUUGACCAAAACUGAAAUUCUGGUCUUUCCUCCCUCAAGUGUUGUUACUCCUGUGUCUGUCUCCCUCCAAGUCAAUGGUGCUACCAUCAGCUCCACCACGCAGGCUCGCUGCCUAGGUGUUCUCUUUGACUCCGACCUCUCCUUCAAGCCUCAUGUUCAAUCUAUCGCCAAAUCCUGUCAUUUCCAUCUCAAAAACAUUGCGCGCAUCCGCCCCUACUUAACGCCAGAUGCGACUAAGGUGUUGGUCCACUCCACUGUCCUUUCUCGUCUUAACUACUGUAAUCCGCUUCUCAGUGGUCUUACAUGCUCCCAACUUGCGCCGUUACAGUCCAUAAUGAAUGCCGCGGCGAGGCUCAUCUUCCUGUCCGCCCGCACCUCCCUUAACUAUCCUUACCUUUUUGUGUAAUUUUACCCCACUCCCUCUAGCAUGUAAGCUCAUUGAGCAGGGCCCUCAACCCCUCUGUUCCUGUGUGUCCAACUUGUCUGGUUACAACUACAUGUCUAUUCGCUCACCCAUUGUAAAGCGUUGCGUAAUUUGACUGCGCUCUAUAAAUAGCAAAAUAAUAAUAUUUUGAUUAGAUAUCAAUUAAUGUAAAGAUACAUGGCCUAGUCUUGCAUCCUUUGAGAAAAUUGUUACUACGUUUGAAAUAAAAAAGUUAAAGUAAUGUGCAAAUGAUUCGCUUAAUUGUAUCAAGACAAAAAAAAUUGCAUGAAUAUAAUGCCACGUAUUCUACAAAAUUUUUAAUCUCUAACAAGUUUCGGUAGAAGAUAAAAGGGUAAAUGAACAAUACAAUUUUGCAUUAAAUUCUACAAUGUCUUUCAAAGUAUACCUAAACAGAAAUCUACACACUAAUUACGUCGUUAACAGGUGAAUCCUCUCCUUUUACUACAGAUCUAUAAAAUUUUACUGUAACUUAACCUCUUAACAGAUGAGAAUAGCUUAUUGCAAAAUCAUAGAUUGCCUUCAUAUGUGACAUUGAUGGAUGAAGAGAGAGUGGAACAAAACGGGCUAGAUGCAGAAUGAAUGUGCUUUUUCUUUGAGUCACAUUCCUGCAAUUUUAGGAGGUACACAAUAUAGAAUUCACAAAUUGUAUUGUGCUUAGAAAACAACAGAUACUUCAUUCAACCUCUUAUGACAUGUUGUUGGAUCUCCAAGAGGGAGCUUUAUUUAUAAUAGCUUUCUAUUCUGUCUUAAGACGUUUGACAGGUUUAGCCAAUGUUAUCUAUGUACUACUAUUGUAGCUUAUUUAGACAAAAGGAAUCUUUCUACAUGAUGAGAACUUCAUAUAAAUAACAGGAAUGCAGACAAAGUGUCACUAACUGUAAGGACAUUUUCAAUUUAAUUAAAAGCACUUGUUAAAAAAGGGGUGAAGUUUAAAGCCAAAUUGAAUUCCAGGGAGAAGAUGUUUGAUAUUUAAUUUCGCAGUCAUGUUAUGAAGUCUGUUAAAAAUGUUUGACACUACAGAAAUCCAAGGGUUAGCCAGAGCAUAUACAGAGGCUAUUUUGAAAUUCUCAGAUGAUACUUAAAUACCUGAUUAAAAAGUAUUUUGUCUCUUUUCAAAGCACUUGAAAAGAAGGAUGAUUGGAAAGGUUAGGAUGGCAAAACCUGCAAUGGAAUUCACCUUUAUGCUAUAAAAAACAAAUGAAGAUAAUGAAUCUCAUAGAAUCAAAAGUAGAAUCUGUUCAUUAUCGACUAAAGCAGUAAAAUAGCCUUGGUCCAAAUAACAGCUACAGAUUGCUACAUUUACCUUCACACUUUUGAGACUCUAACAGAGAAGAAUUUCAGUUGUAGAUAGGACUAUUAGCUUCUGCUGGCUUCACUGUAAUUAGAUAGCUGUGCUUAAUGUUCACAAAGUAAAGAAAUCAGAUAAUCUUACUAAAAGUGUGUAAAAUAUCAAGAUAGGAAGGAAAUCAAAAUCAUCCUAAUUAAAGAUACAAUCUAAGCACCAUAACCAUCACAGCCCAUUAUAGUGGUUAAAGUGGUAGCAGUCUUAGUUUUUCUAAAAUUGUGGACCUUCUGGGCAGACUCUUGAUUGCCGUAUUGCUACUUCAGAAGUUCCAGUUUGCAUGGUCAGUUUAUUUCAGUUUGGAAAGCAUUGAUUGGUUGAAUGUUUCACCUUAUGCUCUCAAUGAGGGACAUGUAUUUUUGGAAGAAAUUGAGAAUGCUAAUGUAGAAUGUAACUUACACGUUAGUAAUAUUAUGGCAAUUGAUGGACGGAGCUGCUGGUUCCUGAAGGGGCCUAAGUUUGUGUCGAAAUGUUUUUUUUUUUAUAGUUCUGGGGUGCAGUGCCAAAAGUAGGCUAGCACCAUGCAUCAGGCUGAACGGGUUGUGAAGUUAGAAUGACCUAUAAGUGGUAAAAACAUUAUUAAAAAAUGACUAAGUGGUGGAAUAGCUACUUUUUAAUGACUAUAGAAACAUGCAGUGGCACCUCUAGGUUGUAGAUCAAAAACUAAUCUUCAACAUCUACAGCAUUUUUAAAAACAAUACGUCGCCCCAAGUUGGCUUCUGUGACUGUAGGUGUCUGUUGAAGGACUUGUGAAAAAAGUACAUUUUUUCUUUGAUGUAUAUUUUAUUUGAAACUCUAUUUUAUCUAUAAUAAAUAAUAAUUGAAAAACUGAUAAUCAUGAAUACAUGAGUUCAGGCUUGAUAAUUAUAACUAUCAAAACUCGAUAGGCUACAUGUUGAGUAAACAUUACAUUAUCCUUUCACUAACCAAGUGUUUUUAGUAUCUGCAAAAACAUACCCAAAUCACGAACCGAACCAUGUAAUUGCCGAACAUCUUCGUUUUGAGUUAUGAUUCUGAAUUCCACACGUGGGGUUAUAAAAAUAGAUGAUUGAUGGCUACAUUUUGAUUUUAUUCACAUAUAUAGCGAGAAAUAGUCAAUAGAGGGACAAAUAACGUGCAGUAAAAAAUUUAGUAUUAAAAAACAAAACAAUUAUUGUGGCUUAAAUUUCUGCAACCUGAAAAAAAUGUUCUAAUUGUGAUACAAAUGGUUUGAACAAGCCACAUUGCCUUGCUUACCUAGUAAAUUCAAUUACAAUUAAAAAUCUACAAGCAUAUGGACACUGCACUUCCUUGACUAAUAAUGACUAAUGUCAUCUGACUGUGUUUAUAACAAAUAAAAAUAGUUGUGCCAGUUACUGGCAUUUUUGUGUAUUAUGACUUUCAAUACAAUGGCCCAGUGAAAUUAUUAAUGCAUUUUUUUUAUAUAAUUGUUUUCUUUCUUUUUAAAUUGUGAGUGUUUACUUGUAAUAUGGAGCAGAGCACAAAUAUAGCAUAUUUGUUGCUGCAUUAACUAUUUUUUUCUAGCCAUUUUGAAUUUGUGCCCUAUCAUGUUUUUUUUUUUAUGUUUGCCGCAUGACAUGUGACUUUCUUUUUGCCUCAUGUCAAGUCACAAAACAUAAUAAGCAUUUCCGCAUCACAUACAUAAUAACAAUGUUACAUAAUAACAUACCUUUUAACCUUAUUUAUCUACUAACUUAUUGUUGGUUAACCUUUUUUCUAAUCCAACAAUGCUUGUCUUCCCUAAUUGCAGGGGGAUAUGCUAGAAGCAGAACAAAAUGUGAUCAUGACUCUUUAAACCUCAGACAGUUUACUAUGUGCUGUAACUAAUUUCACGAUCCCCACAUAAAUUAAAAAUACAUUAAGGAGGUCCAAAUACAGCCUGCUAAAAUACCAAAUAGUUUACAGGAACAAAAUUAAUUAUGCAAGGUUAAAAAAUAUUAAAAUAUACAGACAUUUUGAAAGAUCUGUAGUGUUAGUGUAAUAAUCAUAUAACCACCAGGUUCAGUUAAGAGUUUCAUUGAUCAUGCAAGCAACUAUUAUCCCAGCGAGACCUUAUAAAUAAAGUCUAAUGUGGAAAGAAAAGCAAGGAUUUUAUGCAUGGAAAAAGGAAAAAUUAUACAUUCAGAAUUUUUUCUAAUAUGGUCAUUAUUCUUACAAUUUAAAUUUGAACUACCGUUAAAAGUUAAAAAAAAAUGUCACCUGGAUGUUUGCCUUUGCACUAAACACUACAACUGAGCUUGUCGGAAGUCAAGAGUUAACGUGAUCAGGCCUAUAACCCCCCCACCCCCUCCUACCCGGCACUGUUGAUAACUUGUGAAGUUAGCACACCAGUACUGCUCAUUCUUAAGAAAUCAACUUCAAAACUUUGCUUCUACAUCUCAUAAGAAGAAAGGUCAGCAUUCAUCUACAGAGUCAGACAUGGGAAAUCUUACGAAGGAAAGCAAAAUUAUGCAGUAUAAUCCACCUAUUAACUGAUCUCAUUGUGUUUACUAGAACAGUUUGUUAGCAGGUUAUAAUGUUUGAUGAUAAAUUAGAGAUAUUCUACAAUCAAGAGAAUUGCGAGGGUAUCAGUAGGCAUUCCACCCAUCUUGUAGUAUGAUAAUCUAUUGCAUGGCUUUUUGAAUGUAACUAAUGCACAUUUUUUGAAAACAGCACAUUACAUUCAUGUGUAUAUUGGAAAUUAUGUUUAAAGGGACACAGCCACCAAAACAACUUUAGCUUAAUGAAGCAGUUUUUGUUUAUAGAUCACUGCUUAAUUCGCUGCCGUUUAGUAGUCAAAUCACUUUGUUUAUGAACCCUAGUCACACCUCCCUGCAUGUGACUUGCACAGCCUUCAUAAACACUUCCUGUAAAGAGUCAUCUAAAGUUUAUCCUUCCUUUAUUGCAAGUUCUGUUUAAUUUAGAUUUUCUUACUCAUUGCUAUGGUAAUAGCUUGCUAGACCCUUCAAGAAUCUCCUGUAUGUGAUUAAAGUUCAAUUUACAGAAAAAGAGAUACAAUUACAUCUGAUUGAAAGUGAAACCAGUUUUUUCAUGCAGGCUGUGUCAGGGGAUGUGUGACAAGAGCUGCAUAAACAGAAACAAAGUGAAUUAAACAGUGAAACCUGAGAAGCAUGAUCUAUACGCUAAAACAACUUAAUUUAGCUAAUGUUGUUAAGGUUAAGGUUAAUUUCCUUUUCCUUUUUUAAAUUCUUCUUUCCAUCUUUGUUCCAGAUUUCUGACUUUGGACUCUCCAAGUGGAAAGAACAUUCUACCCAUAAAGAAUACAUAGAAAAAUCUGCCAUAAAAGGGACCCUAAGCUACAUUCCUCCCGAAAUGUUAUUGCAGAGUAUAAAUGCUACAGGAAUCAAAUAUGAUGUUUACAGGUAUAGAGUAUUUUAUUACAGAUAGUGAUGGCAAUAUUUUACAAUUUACCUACUAAAUACCAGGGGAACCAGAAUCAGUGCUUGUGUAAACAUAUUUUAAGGUUAUGUUUUAUCCAAACUAUCUGGACUAGCUUGAUUGUAUAAUCUUACCUUAUAAAUAAGGCUAUUUUGGAACAUAUGUGGGUUAAUGGUGUAGAUGCUGACCCAUUUGAAGUCACGAAGAAUAAGUAUUUAAGUUACCAAAAGUGGGUGGAUCUGGACAAAAAGAAAGUGAAUGGGGCUGAGAACAUCAGUCCAUGUUUAGAGGUGAAGCACCUACCUGUCAUAUUUCCCUGUCUUGAGUCUUCUGGGGUUGGCAUUGGACCAAGUGUUUAAUUAGCUUCAGGUAAUGUGCCUGUUGGUGUUUCAGAUUGUAGAUACAUACUAUAUAUCCUAUUCAAUGUUAGCCAUUCCAGAGAAGUUUUACAUACUUCUAACUAGAGGGAUUCAAUAAUAAUUGUAGAUGGUUUAUUUGUAAUGCUUUAGAGAGGUUUUGGAUCUAUUCAAAUGGUUACCUUUUCUGAAGGUUUCUCAAGUAUCACCAAACUGCUCACCACAUUUAUGAAGGUUAAAGAUUUAGGACAGAAAAAAGAGCUGUUGAUUAAGAAUGUAUUAUAAAAGGCCACUCUAAAAUGUGUAGUUUUAUCACACAGCACAAUGCCACAGAUGUAGAAAGUUUUGAGGGAACGUGAAAUUGGCUUGCUGACUGCAGGAAUGUCCACCAGAGCUGUUGCCCAUGAAUUGAAUAUUAAUUUCUCUAUCAUAAGCCAUCUCCAAAGGGGUUUCAUAGAAUUUGGCAGUACAUCCAAGUGGUCUCACAACCGCAGACCAUGUGUAAACAGACCAGCCCAGGACCUCCAUAUCCAGCAUCUUCACCUCCAAGAUUGGUUUGCAUAACCAACGAAUUUCUGCAGGGAAGCUCAUCUGUAUGCUCGUCGUCCUCAUCAGGGUCUCGACCUGACUGCAGUUCGUCGUUGUAACCGACUUGGUUGGCACUUUGGCGAGGUGUUCUCUUAAUGAACGAAUCCCGGUCUUUACUAUAGUGUUUUUACUGUACAGGGCAGGUGGCAGUCAGCAUCGUUGUGGUUCGAGUGGCCCAUGGUGGAGGUGGGGUUAUGGUAUAGGCAGGCGUAUGUUAUGGACAACGAACAGUGUGGUAUUUUAUUGAUGGCAUUUUAAAUGCACAGAGAUACCGUGAUGAGAUCCUGAGGCCCAUUGUUGUGCCAUUCAUCCACAACCAUCACCUCAUGUUGCAGCAUGAUAAUGUUGCAAGGAUCUGCACACAAUUCCUGGAAGCUGAAAACAUCCCAGUUCUUGCAUGGCCAGCAUACUCACCGGACAUGUCAUUCUCUGGAUCGGCGUUUAUGACAGCAUGUUCCAGGUCCUGCCAAUAUCCAGCAAUUACGCACAACCAUUGAAGAGAAGUGGACCAACAUUCCACAGGCCACAAUCAACAACCUGAUCAACUCUAUGCAAAGGAGAUGUGUUGCACUGCGUGAGGCAAAUGGUGGUCACACCAGAUACUGACUGGUUUAUGGACCACUCCGGACCCUCACAUCUGCAACCCUGGAGGCAUUUAGAGCGUCCAUAGGAAAGCAUAGAAAAGUGCACUGCUGCCCAUGUGCAUUCGGCUCCGCUGACAUCAGACGGGGGAGCUAAUGUCGGCGGGGAAGGAGAGGUAAGGGAGCCCAGUGGUGGAAUAGCAUCACCCCUUCAGCACCACGGGAGGGGGACCCUAAGGGUGGGGGCACCCUCAGGGUACUAUAGUGUUAGGAAAACCGAUUUUUUUCCUGACACUAUAGUGAUCCUUUAAAAAAAAAAAAAAUAUAUAUAUAUAUAUAUAUAUAUAUAUCAGCAAAAAUAAACUCCAAGUAAUCUAUGUUUAAAAUAAAAUGAUGAAGCAAAUAUGUGAUUCUUUGUUGAACUAGUUUGUAUAUGCCCACCAAUAAUCCCUUGCAGUAGUAACAUUACUGCAAAUCUGAGAUUUCUGUGGGAAAAGCAAGUCUUAUAACUUGACUUGUGUUUAACAACAUAUUAAUUACCCACUGACUGCAGGUGGAAGGAGUUUUCAAUCACUUUUUUCCCCAUCAUAACUUUCUUGGUUUGUGCUCUGUAUAUAAAUAACAUACAUGUGUAUAAUAUAAUAUGUCUAUUUGUUCCUUCAACCUAACAUUAUAAUAAUUACAUGGCACAAAAUUAUUUCACUGCAUCAAAAUGAAUUGUGCUGCCUAUGCAUUUACCAAUAUGCAUUCACCAAACUUUUCAUAUUAUCUAUAAGAGAAGAUUUUGUUUGAAUUAUAUAUUUCUUUAUUGAAUGGAAGUCUUAACAUAGGACAUGUGAAAAUGACCAAUGAAACCAACAAGUCUAUUGUCUAUAUUUAUCUUACUGCCAAAUAUAAAAGUGUUUCGAAAAUUUUACUUGGCUUUAUUAGUUUCCUUAAAAAUUCUAACAGAGGUUUGUCUUCAGGGCAAAUGAAUGCCUUUUAGAAAACUUUCAUCGUUUGUUUUUCAUCUCCAUGUGAGUUUUCUGAACUUUUUCUGAACUUGCUUGAAAAGACUCAGUUUCAGGAGAUUUAAAAAGAUAGACAGCUUUAGAUGUGAGAUGUAAGGAACAAUAUAUUCAUGUCAUUUUUUCAUUUUUUUUUAUUUUAUUUUUUUAGUUAUGCCAUUGUUAUUUGGGAAUUACUCACUCAAAAGAAGCCCUAUGCAGGUACAUAUUCCUUUUUAUAUGUUUAUACAUGUUGAUCAUAGUUGCCCAAAGAAUUACUCAAAAUGUAAAACACUUGGGACUGGCUGUUUAAAAUGUAUUCUAUUUUAUCCAAUAUCGGAGAAGACGGCCAUGCAUUAGUAAACCUCAAUAUAAUAUAUAACCAGGAAGGCCUUGUGAUUCUCUAAGGACUCUAAACACGCUAGGAUAUUACGAAUUUUACAAUUUACUUUGUCUACAUACAAAGAGAACACAACAUAGUGUGAUUAAAAAUCCUAAAAUGGUCUUUCGUCCCUUUUUGUUUUGUGUUAACAUGCUUUAGCGGUCCUACCUAUAGCUAAAGUAACAUUUCUUUGAAACAUGAGAUAGUUAAAAUAUACAUUCAGCAUCAAAAAAUAAAUGUUGUGAAUAGGUUGCUGUUCAGAGAUACAUAAACCAUUACAUUCUGUUGAUUUACACAAUUUGUCAUUUAUCGAGUCAUCCUUUAUAUAAAUAUUGAAAGCAUACCAUAUUUGUAACAUACACAGGGUAUGCAACUUGGUAAAUUAGAAUGGUCAUAUUACCUUGUUAUGGGUAUUUGAAAGGAUCAUGAUGUAAUUGUGAGCAACACAGCUUAAUAAAAAUGGCCACAUGGCUUAAAAAAUCCUUAUAUUUGAUCAUAAUGUCAACAGUAAUUCAAUUUAAAUGGUUAUAUGGGUUAGUUCAUUUUCAACUUAUUUACUGAUAUUCAAAUUGUGAGAAUUCUGCCAUGUCAAAAUUAGUAAUGGAAUGAAAGUAAACUAAUUGUAUGUAAACAUGACUUUGCAUUUCUAAAUAAAAGUAAAAACGUUUACAUAUGGCUUUGGUAAGGAAGGGUUUCACCUGUUGUCUAUAUGGAGGUUGGAUUCCAUUUCAAUGUCCUUCAGGUCCUUGUAGGUAAUGGUUAAUUUUUGUUUUUAAUUUGCCUGAUUUUACAGCUGUGGCAGGUCAUUUUAAGUUGCAGGGAGUAACUUGGCAGGGUUUGGCGCUGUUGGCAUGUUCACGUCAUAUUUAGAAUUAUAGACAAUCCGCUUACCCACAAAUAGGUCUCAUGAUCCCUGUGCAUCACCAUGUGAUUUGACAAGUUCACGUUCUAACCGAUGGCACCACAUCUGUGUAAGUGAUCACUUUAAUAAUGGGGCUGGCUAUGCACUGUGAAACCAUGGCAUAUUGUUACCUCCUUGAUAGCAGAGGUGGAUCACUGUAAAAAAUAACAUAGCUGUUCUGUACUACUGUAUAAAACAAAUUAUAUUAUAGCUUACCUUUGCUUUUAGGUGCCAACAUGAUGGCAGUUAUCAUAAAGGUGGCUUCUGGUCAACGUCCCCCAAUUGAAGACAUUUCGGAGGACCGUCCAGUGGAAUGUCAUCAGAUGAUUGACUUGAUGCAGAGAUGCUGGAAUCAGCAUCCCAAUAAAAGGCCAAGCUUUGCAGGUUAGUAGUAACUUAUUUUUGCGAUUUAAUCAAUACACUUCAAUUAUGUGUUACAUAGUUACUGUCAGGGUGGCGGUCCGGUGCCCGGGACCCAGACACUGUCCGGGCGGCUGUGCGAGGACCGGGACCCAGUAUGCCUGAUGAUAAGUGGGAGUCUUCAGCGUGAGAGUGGAUAGGUCAGGGUCUGGUGCAGGGUAACCGCACGCCCCUUGGUGUUGAGCACCAGCGUUUGUGCAGCCACAAACCAGAACCCUGAUGCAGCUUAUGCGGAUCCUAGGAACUAGGAGCAGGAAUUAAGCAGACCUCCCAUGAGCUGAAUAGGGAGGCUCUGCAGCAAGAAUGUAUUCAGUACAGAAACAAGGCAAGACUAGAGAUAGGCAACAAACAUGAAAACAAGACAAAACUAGGAGAACCCAGAACCGGAGCAGGAUAGAAAGCAGAACAUGUACACAAGACAUGAGGAAAACAAGAACAGGGCAGGACAGGACUGUACAUGAACUGGGAAUACAAGACAUGAGAUACAAGGUAAAACAAGAGGAGACAUAACUAAGUACUAUAUAUGAAAAUCAUGGGGAUUUAGUCACAUUAUAUGAUCAUACAUUGCACAAGCCUGCCAACAAUGCCAAUGUACCCCAUAUCUAGCAGGCCCUACACUGCCUAAUGCAAGCUAAACCAACCAAAGAAAACACACAUAGUACUUACCUGCAAGAAAGGGCAGAAGACUUGAGCAGCUGCCUGCAGGAACACUGAAACAAAAGGAAUGAUGGAAACCAAACGGGUGGGGCAACAUAAAACAAACAUUUAAAUGAAUCAAAGAGACUGGGAAAUCCCGGGAUGGAAUACAGGAAUGAACCAAGAAACUAAACUCCAAUUUGUAACAAACCAACAUCUAAAUGGUAAAACACAGGUUAACACAAUGAAGGUGUAACUAUACUUGAGAAUGAGAAUUUUUCAAAAACAGGUAUUGUAGACAAAAUUGUGCCUUUUUCAAUUUCAAUUCACUGCAAUUCAGAGAUUAAUGAAAUGGCCUGCAAUUUUUUAUAAGAAGAUGGAAAUGUAAUGUAUGAUAUGGACAUUUGAAAUUAUGGUAAUGUGGCUUCGGAGGUCAGAGGCACAAUUUACAAUUCAUAGUUUUUUCAUCAGCAAUAUAUUCAAAUUAUGCAGAGAACAUUUGUGAGAGAAUAGAUUUAUUUCUUCAUGUCAAUUUAAACUUUUUUGUCUGUUCAAAUAACUGUUUAUAAGGCAAAUAUUAGAUUCAAUUUAAACAUAUCUUUUUGCCCUCAUGCAUUCCAUAAUGUAUUAUAUAACAUGAAUAGGGAUGUUAAUGAAAGUAUUUUAUUUUUUGAUAAUCACCCCUUUCAUUUAUAUUUGAAGAACUUUUUUAGUAUCAAACAAGAAAACAUUUUAGUCUAUUGCCAGUCUAAAAGGAAAAAGGGAUUUUUUUUUUUUGUAACUGAGACUCAUCAAGACAAACAUAAAAAGUAACUAAUGGACCAAACUCACUACAACUAAUAUCCUGCACCUAAAUAAAGCCUGUGUAUGCAUACAUAGAAUGCAGUGGAAAAAGAGAUUCGAUAUAAGACCACUAACAUAAGUGACAUGUUUAUCCUUUAAGUAUUGAUAUAUUAGACCCCCUUUAUUAAAGGGACACUCCACUGACCAAAAACAAAACAAAUAAAAAUCACUGUUUAGUAGAUAUGAAAACUUGCACGUGUUUAAUUAUUUAUUUUUUCAUCGGGGAUAUAUCUAAAAUAAGCUUGCAAUUCUUGCAGUCCUCCCCUUUCUAACCCUGCCCAGAGUUUUUAUAGUUGUCCAAUCACAGACUUCCAAAUACAGCUCAAUAAGAAGUCUUUGUAAGUCAGGUGCUCUGGGUAAUUGUUGCCUCUUGAGGUCAGCCAGCUGCAUUGAGCUAACAAAACCCUAAAGUAAAACAACCCGUUGUCUGCUUGAAAACAAAAGGGGGGUGUAACCAGGUUAAUUUAUAAAAGUGCCAAGUUGUAAUGAAAGCUGCACUUUUUGCAAAAUGAAAAAAAAGAGGACACACUCUUCCCACAUAAACCUUUUUUAACAAGCUAAAUUUGUUUAGGGUUCUUUAAGGCACAAACAUAAAGGAUUAGAUGAGCAGAAAUAGGUACAAAUAAAUAAAAAUAUAAAUUUUGUUUCCAGAAUGGAUACACACUUAGGGAUUUAUUCUUCUCCAAAUGUACUAAUUAUAAGAGUUCAACAAUAGUCUAAUAAUCGUAUAUAACAAGCAGAACUAGUGUAAAGUAUCCUAUAUACAUUUAUUCUGUAAUACUAAAGACAGUCUAUUUCCACGACAUUGUUAUAACAUAAUAGCAGUUAAGGCAUAAUUAUAGAUGAAGAGGGUAUUUUGAGUUGAUGUCACUUAUUUCCAGUAACCUCAAUUUCUACCGAAGGUGAGCUGUAACUGAAAUGAUCAGAAGUGCUACUGAAAUAUAAUAAGAUAAUUGUCAGUGUUACACAAUGGCUACAUUGGUGGUACUCCAAAGUAUGUAUAAAUUAUAUAUGACAAUUUGAAGAUAAAAAAAUACACACAGAUCCCCCCAGUGCAACUGUCGAAAUCACUUGCUAUCGGGUUGAAAGGAAUUACUCAGUUGAUGUAUUGUCUACCAUGGACGUUAGUCUUGUCUACUUCUACGAAAUGCUUCUGUGCAUUUUUCAGAUAUCUAUUGAAGUAGCUUUUUUUUGUUUAAAGAAUUACUUAUUUUUUAACUUCAAAUUGGGAAUAGUUUCUCCAAAGGCAGGCAUACUGAUCAAUUGGUAUACCAUAUAUGAAAAGAUUAGAAUGUUAACUGUUCCUGGAAAGUAAAUUACCGAUUGAGGUGGGUUUGCUUUAUAAAGCAGAGUCCAGAUAACUAUUCCCCCCUUUAUUAAGGCUACUAAGUCCAUUAUCUAACUCCAAAAUGGAUUAUUUCAGAUUGGAUUUCGUAUGUGAAUCUUGGGUUCAUAUCAUUUAUAGUCAAAGAUAUGACAAAGCCCAUGAAGGUUACUAAGAUACUGCUUUUAGAUUGGCUUGUGAUAUAGUUUAAAAGUAGUUAGUGAUAAAGUUUGUUCUCAAAUAUAAAAAUGGUUUUAAAAUGAAAUGUAAACUUAGAAGGAAAAAGUUUGCAUGUUCUGUAAUCUCUUUUUCUGAUAAUAUUUAUAGUGAAGUGUUGGAUGAUAUCUGCAAUUUUCCAAGCCUACAUGAUUGGGCAUAGAGCUGUAGAGGUCUUCUACAUUAUUUCAUUAUAUUUAAGUAACACUUUGAGGUUCUCAAUUAAAGCUCACUGUUGAAGUGCUGCCUGAUCUUUACAUAUGUAUUACCAACAAUCACAUUAUAACAUUGUAAUGAAUAUAGAAAUUCUGUUUAUGCAGUAAGUAGAAAUCAUGAGUGGAUUCUUGACACUAGUAACAUCCACCAUAAUAAUCUCUUAUAGAGUUAGUCAAUUAGUCCAUUUGAGAUUCAGUUCACUCACUACAUUUGGAAGUGAUUAAAUCCCUAACACAGUGUAAAUCUGGACACAAAUAUUAACAGAUAUGUUAAUAUAUUAAAUAUUUCAAUAACAUAUUUAACAUUUUUUAAUGUGACUCAUUGUGAUUGGUAUUUCUAAUUGCUAACUGGAUAAUUAUGAGCCUAAUUAUCCAGUACAUUUGGGAUGAUUAAUUAUCUUGCUGUGAAAGAUACCAUUAGCAACAAAUAAAUAUCAAUAGUAGUGAUAUGCUAGGAUAACUUCAGUAUAUAGCACCUUGUAAAAACACCAUGGAUUGUGAUUAUCCUUUGUUUUUAGAUUUAAAUACAGUUUAUUGUUGUAUUAAUAACCUGACUAAUAAUUAAAAUGUUUUAUUCCUAAAAUAACUUCCCAUAAGAUACAGGGCUGAAUCUAAAAUUCUGGUACUUGCUUAUAAACCUCUCCAUAAUGCUACUCUAUCCUCCCUAAUACACAAGUAUGUUCUGUCUGCCUCUAUCCUCUGCCUGUACUCCAACCUCUGAUGCUCACCUUCAAGACUGCACCACUCCUGUGGAACUCCCUUCCCUGCCUCGUUAGACUUUCACCCGGUCUCCGUUCCUUCUUGAAAACUCACUUCUUCAGAAAAGCAUAUCAAUUAAACUGUUAACAGCUUUCCUUACCCACACCCUGAGUCUUGUCCUGCAGCUACCAUAAAAAAACACCCCUUAAGCCCCCAGUGAGUACUUUUCUAGCAACCUUUUUUUCUACCCUAUCCUUACCUUUUGUAUCGCCAUACCCCACUCCCUCUAGCAUGUAAACUAAUUGAGCAGGGCCCUCAAUCUAUCUGUUCUUAUGCGCCCAACUUGUCUGGUUACGAAUACGUGUCUGUUAGUCCUCAUAUUGGAAAGUGCUGUGGAAUUUGUUGGUGCUUUAUAAAUAAUAAUAAUGAUAGUGUCUUUGUUCAAAUUCUGGUGAAACCGGGCUUCAAGCAGUGUUUACUGAUAUGAUGUUUUUAGGAAGCCAAAAUUAUUUAUUAUUCCAUAAUAUAGUUUUUAAGGCUUAACUAUUCCUUCAAUAUAUAUAUUACAACCCCUUCUAUUCAGCAGCCUAUAUAGGUACAACUAAAUAUUAGAACAUAUCAGCUGCCGGAAAUGAGGGUCUGCUAGAAGCUUUUAAAGUGGCUCUGUCACCAUUUGGGAUAUUCUGCAAAGACUCCCAAUGAUGACUGCCUCGUUUGCAGUGAGGUGGUCACAGGGUGCAAAGUAAGAUGAGUUUUACUAUUCAUUUUCAUGUGAUUGGUCAUCUUCAGCUCCUGGUGCUUCAUCUGCCAGGAACCCACGUCAAUGAGAGUACAUUGACUUGCACCUGCAUGAGAGUGCAACACUGUGGUCGGUGUGAGACCACAGGAUCCUCCAUAGAUAAUGCAUUUUUCCCAAAUUAAACUUGAUGGUGGAAGGUCUGACUUUUGCCAAGUUUUGUCAGGCGCAGGGAAUAUACACAAGACAAAGUGUGUAAAGUUGUGUGUCAAGCACUCUUUAAGUAUAUAUUUUUUGCUAUACAAAAAAACAAUAAUCACCAACUGCUUCAGUGUAAUAAUCUAGAACAUUUUUACAAUCUUAAAUGCAUUAAAAAUGUAGGGUAUUUUUUUAACUUGACUAAAAAUGGCACAUGCUCUUUCAAUGAAUCAUUUUAUUGAAUAUUAUGGCAUUCUCUAUUUGAAAUUAUUAAUCCCUGUCUUCCUUGUUUAGAUAUCGUCGUUGAAUCACAUAUGUUGCUGUGCUUGAUACAAAUUCCUUUACCAGAACCUGAAGAAAGUUCAGGUAAUGCAGAAGAAGACCACUUAAAGUCUUCUUCUGGCAUAUACCUUGAAGGAGCUAACAAUGUAAGUAUGACAAGAUUCGAACGUUCAUUAGGUUAAUGGUUAAUAUUUUUAGCUUAACCAUACAUUUGUCAGGGUUAUUCACUAAAGUGAGAAUUUGAAAUGAAUUCAAAUUACAUUUCAAAAUUAAGGUAAAAAUAGCUGAAUUGGAAAAGUUAUCUAAGACUGCUAUGUUUUCAGUCAAUCUACUCUAGCGUUCUACUUGAAAUUCACUUUGAAUUCACUUUGUAUUUUCUCUUUGGUAAAUAACCCUGUUUAUACAAAAUUUGUACAAACAUCAUCCGGCUGUGCUAUUGAAGGAAGUGAUUAAAUGAACUACAAAAUGAACAUAUGAUGUUUAUAUAAUAAUAUAAAGCAGCACCUGCAAUAUCAGUAUAGAUGCACAAUACAUCUAUGUCACAAAUAAAAAUAGUUAUCAUCAAAUCAAGGACGGUUCCAGAUCCUCUGAUUUAUUCAAUGGUUAACAAACAUUGAUUAAUGGCUCCUAUUUCUUUCCAUGUUCCCUUUAUUCACCUGACUCUUUCUUGUUACAUGUGACAAUUGGAUAUGCAACAUACUCAAAUACAAGAUUAAACAAUACAAAUUAAAAUGAAUAACAAAACAGACAGACAGACAGACAGGUAGGCAGACAGACAGACAUGCAGACAUGCAGACAGACCGACAUGCAGACAGACAGACAGACAGACUAAGAUACAAACAGACAGGCUAACAUAUAGACUAACAUGCAGUCAGACAGACUAACAGACAGACUAACAUGCAGACAGACAGACAGACUAACAUGCAGACAGACAGACUAAUACGCAGACAGUUAUUUUGAUAAUUACUGUUCUUGUGGGGCCUGUGUCAUGUUCCCCAUCGAUCUGCGUGUGGUGGUGGUGUCAUUGUUGUGGUGACUUUAAUUUAUGCUAUUUAAUUAUAUAGUUUAUUGCUUUUUACUUGAAUAUUAUACACUUUUAUGCUGAUAUUUUGUUUUUUUUAUAUGAUAUAUAAUGAAUAGUUGUCUGCAUAUAAGUCAACAUUAGUGUGAAAGUGGGUAUUAGUUGAGAACACAGAAGAUUAAAUGAACCCCAUGGGUUGAAGCCACUGAUAUAAACAUGUAUGACAUUCAGAUAUUCAUCACACAGCAUACUAACACUAAAUAUACCCUAAACAGGCACUUUUGGGGACAACUUCUGACAUUUCUACUUUCAUUCAUUUUUACAAAUAAAAUUGUAGAUAUUGACAGUAUUUGCUUAUUGACUGAAUUAGUCAGCCUGUCACCUAUUUGGACUCCUACCUGUAGCUUAGCUCCCUAUCUGGCUAAAGAUAAAGAUAAAGAUAAAAGAUAACAUUUUAAUUUUGGGGGAAAAAAUCACUAUUUUUUAUGUAAGCGCAUCUUAAAAUAUAAAUAAAAUAUAAUCAAUGAUAUGUCAAAUAAUCCUACCUGUAGCAACUAAGUAAUUUUUCCCAAUCUUUCAUCUAGGGAAGCCAGCAAUCAUCUACCGAGACCGAAAGCAGUGGUGAGUAUAUAUUUUAAAAUGUUUAAGCAAGUAUCUUUCAUCUAUCUGUCUUUCUGACUUCUGAUUAGAGGAGAAUGCUGAAUAUAAGUGGAGUGUUAGAUAACUGGAAAAGAGUCAAAAUCCUCUACUGGUGUUUAGUACAAAUUAUAUAUGUCAUAUUGAUGAUAAUGCAUGUUUUCAACUACAUCAUUAUUAUAAAUAUACAACACUGCCAUAAUUAGGUGCUACACUAAUGUGACACUCACCCACUACUACUGGCUAUGCCCAGCAAGCCUUCCUACCUUAUAGACCCUGUUUGUAAAGACUUUUAUAGAUAUACCUCACCCAGAUCCCAUAUUGUCAUCAUGGUGGGGUGACAUCGGCCAUUCUGUUUCUAUAUUCUUCUGGAAAAUUUCAAGAGCACUCCCUAGAAGAAUAACCAUAAUAACUUGCACUGUAGUUGCUGUGCUGGAGAGAAGUAGAAAGACCUGUUGAAAAAAAAAACAGUCCUUGUCUCAUUUCUUGGAAAAGAGGGCUAUGAAGGUGACAUUUAUGCCAAAAACUGAUUGACAGAUGAGGAAAGGAACCAUGGCCUCGAUUUAAUAAUGUUGGACAAUCUUUCCAACGGAUAUAAUAAUUUUUUUGUUGGAUAAACUUUUCAAAUGUUUUUUAACUUUUCAACAUAGUAAAAUAUCAAAACAUAUAUCAUAUAUAUAUAAAACUAUCUCAAUAUAUUAAAAAAAUCUAAAUAAUAAAACAUUUAAAUAUUUUUAAUAAUUUUAAAUCUUUUUUAAAAGUUUAGCCAAAAAUAUGAGAUAAUUUAGAAAACAUAUCCGACAAUAUAUUAUCUAUAGACAAAAGUAUCCUUAACACCAUGUACAAUAAAGUUGUGGGUCAAGCAUUUUUUAAGUAAAACAUAAAUAUAACACAAGGUUUUAGUAUGUAUUGGAAAACUUCACAAUGAUAAAAAUCCUCAGUAAUAUGAAAGUUCACAUAUUUUUUUUCUUCUCCCAUAGAAGAAGACAGUUUAAUGACCUUUGUUCUAGAAAACAAUGAAGAUAUGUCCUGGGUAGAUGAAAAUAAUUUCACCCUGCUCCACGUUGCUGUUAACCAAGGAAAUCUUGAGAAAGUGAAUCGUUUUAUUAGUCUUGAUGCCAAUGUGAAUAGUAGAACAGUUACCGGAUUUACGCCUCUCAUCCUGGCAGUGCAAAAGAGACUUCCAGAUAUAUGCAGUUCUUUGAUUGAGAAUGGGGCAGAUGUAAAUAUCACUGAUGAAGACAGUUGGUCUCCUCUUCAUUUUGCAGCUCAGCUCGGGGAUGACAGGAUUGCAAGACUUCUACUUGAUCACUCUGCUGCUGUUGAUGCACAGGAACGUGAUGGAUGGACACCUCUUCAUUUAGCAUCCCAAAAUGGUUUUGAGAAUGUUGCCCGUGUCCUUUUUACACGGCAUUGUGACCCGAAUAUUCAGGAGAUAGAUGGGAAAACUGCACUCCAUCUAGCUUCAUAUUUUGGCCAUAGCAAACUUGUAAAACUUCUGUCUAACCAAGGAGCUGAUCUAAACAGAAUGCAGAAUAACCACAGGACUGCUCUACAUAUUGCCACUGAAAGAGGUUAUUUUACAGUUCUGAAGCAUUUGAUACAAAAAGGAGCCAAUGUGAACUGCUGUGAUAAGAGCAAUUACAGCCCUUUGCACAUAGCAGCAUUGAAGGGUAACAGUUUAACCUGUAGACAUCUAAUAAGGCAUGGAGCUCAAAUUGAUAUGAAGAAUAACCAAGAGUGGACACCAUUACACCUUGCAACAUUUAAAGGACACAUUGGAGUUAUUAAGUUACUCAAGGAAAAUGACGCUGACUUGAAUGUGAAAGGAGGUAUGGGAUGGACACCUCUACAUUUAGCCGUACGCUAUAGUGAGGACUCUGUGGUUUCUAUACUUCUCGAUUUGGAAGCUAACCCCAGUAUUGCUGAAAUGUCAGGCUGGACUCCAUUGCACCUUGCUGUCCAACGAGGUGCCUUUUGCAGUGUUAUUAACCUUAUUGAAAACAAAGCAGACAUUAAUGUAAAGAAUAAAUUUGGUUGGACUCCAUUACAUUUGGCAGUGUUAAAUACAAAUGCUGCCAUUAUUAAGACUUUGCUGCUGGCCAAUGCAAAGUUAAAUAUUGAGGAUGUUAAUGGUUGUACACCUUUACAACUAGCAGUUAGGAAUAGAAAACACGUAAUUGUUGCUCUCUUGGAAGGCAAGGAAGCCGUAUCUAGUAGUUCUGAAGAAGGAAGUGACUAUUCGGGAUCUUUGCUGAAUUUGCAAGAGCAACUGCAAUAACUAUACUCUUGUCUGAAAAAGUUGCAGAAUUUUGCAUAAAUCUUUGAUAAAAACAGCUAGAAUUCCAAAGAUUCUAUGCAAAUUGAUCUUUCAACAAAGAAUUACGCAGAGCUGGUCUUACUCAAUAAUGCUGAAUACUGAAAGCCAUAUAUCACGAAAAGCAUCCUUCCAUGAAGACUUUCCAAUCAAACAUACAGUGUAAUAAAUAAAUAAAUAAAGCAAAAUGCUACAAAUGAUGCUAAAUCAAGUUAUGAGUCUGAUGCGUGAAUUAACCACAAGUUGUUUAUGGUUUUAUUAUUACAUGAUCUGAAAUAUAGUGCAUUUCACUCAUUUUGAUUUGUUGGGAUUAAUAAAUUACAUGAUCCAACUUAUCUUCUAUCUACUAUGCAAUUUUAAAUAGUGCCUAUUCGACUGUAUGUUGAUCACAAUCUGAACCAGUUUUACAGAAUACCAAAUAAUCACAUAGCUUUCUUUUCAUCUUCAAAAUCAAAAUAAUGCUCUAGGAUAAAUCACAAUAGAAACCCCGUCCUGAACUGGUUAAGAAACUAUAGGAAAUCAAGACUGAUUAACAAAUUAAAAUUCAAAAAAAAUAAAUAAAUAAAAAUAAAAUAUAUAAAUAUAUAUAUGAAAAGGAAAUAGUCCUUGCACACAUGCUGUAAUAAAUAUAUAUACCAGGUGCCAGCCAGGGUUGAAAUUAUCCAAGAAAAAGUAAGGGAAAGCUGCACUCACAGUCUUCCAUUAAAUUUCAGUUUAUUGGGUAUACGUUAAAAAGAUUGACGUUUCAGUCCUAUGGUAAGGACUUUCUUAUGUUUGAUCCUGAAGAAAGUCCUUACUAUAGGACUGAAAUGUUGAUCUUUUUUUAUGUAUACCCAAUUAACUGGAUUUUAAUAGAAGACCGUGAGUGCGGCUUUCCUUUCCUUUUUCUUAUAUAUG